GUAGCGGACUGCCCCUGAGGAGCGUGCGCGCCAAUUUGAGCGUCUGAGGCGGCGGCGGCUUCUGCGGCGGGGAGAGGUGCGCGCGGGCGGUGGGAGGCUAAAGUGGGGCUGGAGGCGAUAAAAUAUUUUAUUAGAUUUAAGUGCAGUUAUAUUUUUCCAGAGGAGUAGCUACUGUAUUUGUAUAUGAAAAACCUAAAGUUUUGAACUCUUUAUUACUGUCUCUCACAGCCAAUAUACAUAAAUUAUAGUGUAAAGAGCCUUAGGAUUUAAUGCUAUUUAUGAUAUUUUUAUUAGUUAGAAAAACUGUAUUGAGUGAUGUUUGUAUAUUGGAGGCAGGAUAUAUUCCUAAAAUAGAAGAAUGGGAAAAUGAGUUUCAUGGUGUUGAUGUUUCUGCUAAAUUGACUAGUUAGUUUUGUCUUCUUUAAUGUGUGUGGUAUUAUCUUACUGAGAACUGGAGACAUUUUAUUGAAUACUAGGGAAAACACAGGUCGUGCCUCUAAUACUGGUGAUACAUUUGAUAUGUUUAAUCUUGUACUUUUAAAGUAUAUAUUUUAAGAAGUAUAAUCAAUUUUAAAAUUUAAAUUCGCCCCCCCCCCCCGUUUAUUCUGUUAUAAAAGUCGCACACAACAGGGAAAGCUUAUUCUGCUACAUUUCUACCAGCUAAAUAAAUGCAUUUCAAAUUUUUGCCUGUGGGGACAUUGCUUAAAAACACAGCAUGGUUAUUUUGUCUUAAUACAAAGGUUCAAAUCAUUACUGUACUUUGCUGGUCUAUGUUGUUCAUUAGUUUCUCUUCUGAUUUUCUCCAGGUUAUAAAGCCAUGUGGGAUACCGUGGAGCUGUUGGGUGGUGAUGAUACAGGGAGUGGUGCCCUGUAUCAAAGAAACACCCUUGUUAAAAUCACCUCGUCCGAAAAGGUAGAAUUUCUUUUUGUGGCAUCACUGCAAGAGAAGACUAUGUAAAGACCUGUAUAAUGAAUAACUUUAAAACUGAACUAAAAAUCAUGUUGACGGAUGUUUCAAAGGUGCCAUUGACUAUGAUUUGUCCUGUUAGUUGAAAUGGGACUAUAACUUAGGUUAAACUACUGUGGCAUUAUGGACUGUAGUAUCUGGUCAGCAUCUAGAUCUUCCAGAGGGCCACAUUAUUAUAAUAAUAAAUAGUAAUAAAUAAUAAAUUUUAUUUAUACCUCGGCCAAGACUGGGCUCAGGGCAGCUAGCACCAAAUAUAUAAUACGUACAUUAAAAACACAAAAUCAAACGAUUAGUUUAAAAUACAAUUUGAAUCACAUUUAAAAUCAAAAUACAAAUAAGUGGGAACCCACGAAUCAUAACUGUAGGAGUAAGGAAUUAAAAGUUCACCAGGCCCAGCCACCCGUUCUGGUCCCAUAUGGGCCGAUAGAAAGAGCCAAGGAGGCCACUUACAUACAGGGUCCCAUAGAAAGAAGGGGGUCAGACUGAGUCCAAACCAAAGGCCAGGUGGAACAGCUCCAUCUUGCAGGCCCUGCGGAAAGUUGUCAAAUCCCACAGGGCCCUGGUCUCUUGCGACAGAGCAUUCCACCAGAUGGGGGCCAGGACUGAAAAGGCUCUGGCCCUGGUCGAGGCCAGUCUAACCUUGAGGCCUGGGACCUCCAAAGUAUUGUUUGUGGACCAUAAGGUCCUCUGCGGGGUGUACCAGGAGAGGCGGUCCUGUAGGUACGAGGGUCCUAGGCUUGGGAAGGACAUGCUAAAUAAAGGUUUUGCCUGGCACUUAAUUAUAUAUAUUGAUUACGUUAGGUGAGCCUCCUUGUUCUACAAACAGGGAACCACCACUGAAAAUGCCUGUUCUUGUGUUGCCACCCUUGGCCUCCCAUGAGGGGGCACAUGAAGAAGGGCCUCAUGACGAUCCCAGGGUCUAGAUUGGUUCAAAUGGGGAGAGGCAUUGAGGUAUUGGGGUCCUGAGCCUUAUAUGUCAAGAGCAACACGUUGAAUUGCGCCUGGAAAUUAUUUGGUUGGGCUAUGAUUGGUGUUAUGUGCUCACAAUGUCUUGCCUAGGUGAGCAACCUGACUUGCAUUCUGUACUAGCUGAAGUUUCCAAACCAUUUUCAGAGGCACCUCAGUAUCUAACCUGGGGGUUACCAGAGCGUAGACAGCAGAAGUUAGGGCGGCUAUCCAGAUGGGGCAUAGCUGAGCCUGCCAUGCCACCAAGGCCACCUGAGCCUCAAGUAACAGUAAUGGAUCCAGAAGUACACCCAAACUAGGUACCUACUCUGUCAGAGGGAGAGUAACCCAAUCAAGAGCAGGCAACCUCCCAUUUAUCUUGUCUAGGGAAGCAUCCAUUAACAGUGCCCCUGUCUUACGUGGAUUGAACUUCAAUUUCUUGGCCAGGGUGGAUAAAAAUCAAUGAUUUUAAAAAUAAUUAAAAAAUUGAUUUUUAAAAAAAUGCUUUUGGAGGGAAAAUCUUUCUACAGAUAGUUUUCUAUUUAAGCUACAUUAUACAGUGGUAUCUCGGGUUACAGACGCUUCAGGUUACAGACUCCAUUAACCCAGAAAUAGUACCUCGGGUUAAGAACUUUGCCUCAGGAUGAGAACAGAAAUCGUGCUCUGGCGGCAUGGUGGCAGCAGGAGGCCCCAUUAGCUAAAGUGGUACCUCAGGUUAAGAACAGACCUCCAGAACGGAUUAAGUUCUUAACCAGAGGUACCACUGUAGUCCAAAGGCUGUUCAUCAGAAAAUAAGGAUUUACUUUAAUUUUUUGAUAAAUGAAUUCCAUUAAUCCAUUCACAAUGUCAUGCUCUUCCAGAGGUUUCUGUAAGAUUAUUUGGGGCAGUUUUUCUAAUGAGAAGAUAUUAUCACAUGUGCUUGUUUUUGCAGUUCUCAAAAGUGUGAAUUUGUGUAUGCAGAGAUGACAUGCCUUUUCUUCACAGGAAAAAUGUUAUAAAAUAAACAUACAGAGGAAAAAACCGUAAUCCCAUUGUUCCUUUGCAAAUUCAUAUUCACAGAAUCAACCUCUCACCUCUUAAAUGCUGAGUUCCAAGAGGUUCAGUGAAUAGUGGAAUAGAUCUGCCCAAGUAGCUAAGUGUGAAGCAGUAAAAAUGAAAGUGCAAACCUUGUGAGCAGAAUACUCCACAAAUCUUGGGAUCUUUGUGUAAUGAUUGUACAACUCAGACUUGAGGCAAGUGCUGAAGGCUCUUCAGGGCUGGCAGCCUCUUCCCAAUCCCACUGGGCUCCAACAACUGCACCAACACUUAACUGUACAGAAUACACACCUGAAUCCAAAGAGGGGUGGUGGUGGUGGAAAUAGUAACUGGGAUCUGUAAGUCCUUGGUGAGACUUUGAAUUGCUUGCCAGACAACUAAUAAGAGCUCACUGGUUCCAGGUCCUUCUUCCCAGAGCUUGCCUGACAUUGUCCAAACAAUAAAGUCUACCUGGAACUUCAGUCCUGCAGCAGGAAUCCCUGAACUUCUCUGCUCCAGUGCUUUGCUCCCCUUUUCCAGCUGUUCAUUCUGCAAGCCUGUUGCAGCCUAGGCCUACCAACUGUAUCUCCCCCCCGCACUCUAGAAAAAGAAAGGCCGGCCUCUCCAAAGCCAGGGCUGCUGGGAGAUAUAGCCCCUUUUAGAUUCCAUUACAUUUGUGUGUAAGGUCUUAAGUUUUUUUUAAAAAAACGUUUAACCACAUCAGUUAACAAACAUGGAUACAUAUGCUAUGUUAUCAUUUUAGUUAAAUAAAUUAUUUAAAUUGUUAUUAAGGAAAUUGGUUUUUUCCCCUCCUUCCAAUAAAGUACAGCAGAAAAGUUGUCCAAAUAUGAAGUUAACUUAUUAAACCUCACAAUAAUUUCAUAAUUAUCGGUCUAUGUAUUUCUAAUAGCAUAACCAAAUCAGUAAUUUUUUAUAUAACUGUAAAAACCACUAUGAUAAUUUAUUAUUCCAAAAAUGAAACAUUAAUCUGGUUGUAAAUAUUAAGAUUAUACCAGCAAGAAUGAGCCUUUCUGUAAAAUAGUGAUUUAAAUCAAGUCUUACUGACUAGUGAUUUAAAUUGUGAUUUAAAUAGAUUUUAUUUAAAUCAAAUCCACCCUGUUCUUGGCUCUCAUCCGGUCCACGACUGAGACAAGACAUCGGUCCAGUCAGAUGCUAGAUUUUGUGCUAGAUACACACAGAAAGUUACAACACACAAUUUAAUCUGGACAGGCUGCUUAUCUGUUUGUAUUUGUAAAUAAGUUCUGUUUACGUUCAGAUGCUUUCUUUUAUUGGUCAGGUUUUGUCUAACCCAAAGUUAUAUGGCUGUUCCUCCAGUGAUGGAUGUGUGUUGGUGGCUGACAGAACAGUGGUGGUGCUUGAUAAUAUUUGCCAGUCUCUUAAGAUGUUUCUUCAGUUUGGUGAGCUUACCAUUUUGUAUCUUGUAUCUUGAAUACUUGGAACUUUCAACGUAGUGUACCUCAGUUUGUUUUCUUAAUUAAAAUCUGUGCUCUGAUCUGGAGUUCUGCAUGUUCUGUGAUAUGGUUUUGAAGUCCUGAACACAGGAACUCUUUCCCCUUGGAAGGAAACAGAUCGGCCUGGUGUUGUCAUGCCCUUAUAAAAUCACUUGAUCAGGGCAGUGGCUCUCAGUAUUAAUGUUGGUGUAUUAUAGACACAUAGCCCAAAUUUUUAAAUGUUUGUCAAAAUAAUUUUGCCAUCUUUUGACCUAUGAGUUGUUAAGACAGUAAUAACUAUAUAGUAUUUCCCACAGCAGAGGAGUGUAUGAGGCAAAAAUUCACUGCAUCUCGUUAUGUAAUAAUACAUCAUCAUUUCUGAAUAUAGUCACCCGCUGUGGUAUCUGAAUACUUCUUUUUAAAACUUUUUAGAGACUGAGGUGGAAGUUGUUGGAUUGUGUCAAGAAGCACAGUUUCUUGUGAUUGGGGAGAGAAGUGGAAACCUACAUCUGAUUCAUGUAUCAACAAAGCAAACCAUGUUAACUAAUGUAUGUAGCUUAUUUCUUUUUUGCUUCUAUAUAACUAUAUGCAGCUGCCUCAGACAUUCUUAAAUAUAUGAAGUGUAAGUUGCCUCAUACUGGUUGCAUUGAUAUGUGACACUAAACCCUGGGGAUAAACCUAGGUGAGCUUUGGCUCACGUAUUGCCUCCUUCCUUUUCCUCCUUUUGCUGAUUGCAAGGAAGAGAUUGGAAGCUUUUGCUUAUAUUUUCAGCUAACUGUAGUUACUCAUUUUGUCCAAGAACUAUGGUUAGGGUUAAAUAUAGUUUAGGGAAAUAAGGUAGGAUUGUAAACUAUUGUUUGAAGUUGGCUUUCUCUCUAAACCAUAGUUAGUACUAACCAUAGUUUGUCUGGAUUUAAACAUAGCAAGUAACCAUAGUAGAUAAGAGGUGUGGGAGAGUGUGUGAGCCCUGAGGCUUGGUAUGUAAUACUAAACCAUAGUUCAGUGUUACUUCUGAACCAUUCCAGCCCAGUUACAUCAAUAGUCCAGUGUCAUCAAAUCAGUUGAAUUUCCUGCUUUGCUAUCAGAGGUCUAUUUCACUAGAGAUGCUGAUAAUUGAACUGUGGGACUUAUGGGUGUGAAGCAUAUAUUCAACAACUGAACUUUAGUUUUGGUAUCCUGGUGAAUUUCUGCUGUUGAUGUGCUGACUGAUUUUAAACUAUAAUAGAUACUAAUGUAAUUUACAACAUUCAUGAUUUGAGUAGGCUUAAAUUAAUAUGUGGUGUAAAUUACAUUGCUUUUUUGAAACUCAUUCUAAUAACCUUUUUUAAAAUUAAAAAUGUGUUUAGAUGUUGGUUCAAAGAUCUUCAGAUGACAGGACUUACCUGAAUCUUAUUCUAGAAAAAGAUAAUGGAGAUACAGGUACGAUAUUUUUUCUGAAUAAGCUCAGGUUUUUCUCUUGUAAGCUCAGGUUGAGUGGGGGAGGGGAGGAAAUGUAAUGCCAUAGAAUUCUGCCUGAUACAGGAUACUUAUAUGAUGCUGAUUUGAACUUGAUUCUGUGAAUUUUAAUCAUAUUUCAACUUGUGCACCCUUGAUUAUUUUUAUUUACUUUGAUUUCAAUUACCUUGGUGUAAACCAAGUUUUCUUCCUUUAUUUGCUCAUGUUUGGAGAUGCCAGGUGGCAGUUCCUUUACUUGAAGAAGAUCACAUGGACACAAUUUGAUAACCCUUGCUGGGAAGACUUAUUGAUAUUUACCUUGUCUUUGGUUAUUUUGAUAGGAACCUACCAUGCAUUUAUUCUCACAAACAGUGGCUUCUUCUACAUUACGCACCUCCCAUUUGCCAAAACUCAGGAAGGUAGGACAAUGUUGUUUUAGAUCUAAAGCCUAAUUGUGCAUCAUUGCAUGGAAACAUGUAGUAAGAGAUGGAGUUUUUCUUUCUGCUUUCUGUAAUGAUUAGAAUCUCAGGUUUGUAAUGUGCUGAGCACCAACACAUUUUGUGUUGGUGAGCUGGUGAGCUGAGCAAGAGAUUUUGUUUAAGUGGUAAUUGAUUAUGUGUAUUAAUUGAAUUGCACUGGCUUUGAUAAUCUUUAUUGGUUUGUAGUAUUCAAUGCAGACCAAUUUCAAUAUGUUUGCUUUAGAGAGCCAACAAUAACCACACAACUGCUGCAAUUGUAAUAUUUAUAAAUGAAUGCAGGAUACUUUUCCCAUGACCUUGAGCAGGACUUCAGGAACAUUUAGUGUUACUUUCACAGUAUCACAGCUUGUUGGGGUGUAUUAACCAGAGAUUGUAGUUUGCAACUAACUGGUUAGUUUAACAAGUUGUCUUCAUAAUCCAUGGCUUGAUGUUGGCUUAUUUUGAAACUAACCAGAGUUUGUUGUAAACUGAGGUUUUUGGUUUCUUCACAAUUAUAAUUUGGGAUUUUGUGAAAUUGAAAUUAAAUGCUACCAAAUCCUCACAAUCUUUUCAGAGGAGAAUUGUGUGUGUGUGUGUGUGUGUGAGAGAGAGAGAGAGAGAGACAGAGUGAGGUGUGUGCAGGUGGGUUGUUCAGUUUUGUUUCAACUCUUGCAUGUAGUUUUAAAUUGUGGAUUAAUUUUGCAUGUGAAUGUGGCCAUUGAGUCAUCUGGAGCUACCUGCCUUGUAAGCAUACUUGUGUCAUGCUCUAGUCUGGAUUGUAUGAACUGAUCUGUGAUGGUGGUAGUGGUGGAUUUUGCCUUUGAUCUGUUCUAAAUCUAGUAUUUAUGACAAUAUUUUUCUUUCUUUGUUCAACAUAUAUCUAUCCAGAGUGUUUUGUUUUAUAUUCUUGAUCAUGCAGAUUUUCAAAAACUGAAUGUUAUUGUCUAUCUUUAUUUUAAAUAACAGUAUCAAUAUUUAUUGCUUAAUUAUUAGAUAAAAUUCAGAGGAAUAGAUGAGUUAUCCGGCUGCAAUCCUAACCUCUUUUCCUGAGAGGAAGCUGCAUUGAAUUCACUAGGAAUUACUUCUGAGUAGACAUGGUUAGGGUUGUGCUGCAAUAGUAGUAUAACCAGCGAGGAAAAAGUAUACAGUGGUAUCUCGUGUUGCGUACCCUCCUGGUUAUGUAAUCUUCGGGUUAUGGCCGUGGCAAACCCGGAAGUGUAUACUUCUGGGUUUCGCCCCAGGCGCUGAUUUGCUCCAUCGCUCCGCUUGCAUGCGCAGAAGGGUGCCUCCAGUUAUGAAGUUUUUGGGAUACGGCCGGGGCUCCGGAACGGAUCCCAUUCGUAACUGUAGGUACCGCUGUAAUGAGACUUUUUCAAAGACUGAUAUAUCAUGGUACAGUGGUGCCUCGCAAGACGAAAUUAAUCCAUUCCGCGAGUCUCUUCGUCUUGCGGUUUUUUCGUUUUGCGAAGCACGGCUAUUAGCGGCUUAGCGGCUAUUAACGGCUUAGCGGCUUUAAGAAAAAGGAAACAAACUCGCAAGAACUCGUUUCGUCUUGCGAAGCAAGCCCAUAGGGAAAUUCGUCUUGCGGAACGACUCAAAAAACGCAAAACCCUUUCGUCUAGCGAGUUUUUCAUCUUGCGAGGCAUUCGUCUUGCGGGGCACCACUGUAUUAGAUUUCAUUGAUGCACAGACACUAGUCCAUGGAAUCUUAAAUUACACUAAUCUGUUAGUCUUAAACUGCUUCCAAGACUCUUUCUUUAUGUUUGUGUACUAUAAGUUAUUGUAGUAAGCUACUGCAACUGCAAAUUUCCUGAAGUAUACAUUAAAAAAGAGGCCAGGCUAAUAAAUGUGUGAUCAGUAAAAAGUUUACAGAAAUCAAAUCUGCCUUCUGAAUCUGUGACUACAACAGCCCAAUAGAAAAUACUUUAAAAAAAUAGAUAUGUAAUGUUGCUUUUCUCAACACACAUUUUGUGUUUAUGCAGCAAUUGACAAGCUGGACUUCAGUUCUGCAAAGAAGGCAAGUGGGAGCAUUCAUAUAUCUUAUAUAUUGUGUUUUGGUUUUUGAAAUAGUUUGGUUGUGAUUCAUAGUACUGGGUGUGUGUACGGAUCUACUAGGGAUGCAAAAUGUUAAUUGCCACAUUAAAAAUGAAUUAAUAUAUCACAUUUGUUAUCCACUGCUCUUCUGUGAUGGAGAUUAAGCAGAGUAAGUUAUUCUUUCCACUUACCUCAGGAACAGGACGAUGCAAAGAACUUUGUGCAUCACUCUAUUGAUGGAAGGAGAGACCUUCCCCUAUUCCAGGAAGCUGAAGAGAUUUCAUAGAGCGUUGCUAACAUUCUUAUAAGGAUAGCUGCCAGAUUCAAGGCUGAUAUCUCUGACCCUGAUGAAAAAGUAUGCCCUAUAUGAAAGCAGAUGGGAAGCACCAACCUCUCUCAUGGGCAGGAGGGAAUGCCUCUUCUAAGAUGAUGCCUGCUGCAACACAUGCGUGCAUCACCUUAUUAAUAAAUAAAGCAAGCAUGCUUAUUCCUUUAGAAAUGCUAUUUUAUCCAUAUCCAAAUAUCUGAAAUGUAAUUGAUAAAACUACUUGGCUAAAUAACUCAUUAGGUUUUUUUAAUCAAGUUACUCCUCCAAAUUAAUUUAUCAUUUCUCUUGCGAUUGUGAGUUAUUUCUACCACUUUAACAAAAAGAAAAAUCUGUGAGUGGCUAUUUGUCUACCUUACAGUUACAAGGGCAGGUGGAAACAUGUUUUAUUUCUACAAAAUACUAUCACACCAUUGGCUGCCUGACUUCCACAACUAAGCACACAACUAACAAGAUCACUUUGAUAAUAGGGGUAAGUAUUAUUUGAAUACCUUUGUCUGUGAACUUCCUGUGGGUUUAUCUGCAGCAAUCUGUGCUGACUUCAGGAUGUGUGCAAAAUAUUUGGCUUCUGUAGUCCCUCUUAUGUGUUCCCAUCUCUCUGUUGAGAGAUUUUGUACCCAGGUGUGUUUUGCUCUUUUUGUCUUCAUAUGUCUAAGGCCACAAAAUGUGUCAUGUGAUGGUUGUUUCCUUUUCCCAGCCACUUCAUUGCUAGCUGUUGCAGAGACAGGCAACAUCAUGGUUGAAUAUCUCUAGUGUUAUAAGAAUUUAAGGUCUCAAAUAUAUAAAUUAAAUGUUCAUAAACUUACAAGGCACAUAAACACAUACAUAAGUAUAUAAACCACAUGUCUGGAACAGUGCAGGAAAGCAGUCCUGAAGCCUUUUUGACUUUCCCAAUGACCUCAAAUAUUCCUCUGCAGCAAGGGAGGCAAAUGGGGAAAGCCCCAUAGUCUCUUUGCUCACAAAUCCUGUCUUAAGGGUGUAUCUGUGUUUGAAAAGAGUAGCCAGACUGCCCAGGUAAUGCAAUCAGAGACCAUUAUCAAUCAAUCGGUGACCAUUACUGGUAUCCUGGCUUCUGCUUUAGGCUGCCCCUUCUGUGAUGUAUGUUUGAUGUAUUGGGGGGUGGUCUUAGGCUUGCAGGGUGGCAAUUUCAAAAAGUCUAUAUAAGGGCUUGCACACCAUUGUUCUGGGUUCCUCUUCCUCCUGCAUGUGGUGAGGGAGGACCCUGUUGCAACAGUUUAAUAAAGAUCAGGCUUACUAGCUGCCUUGCUUCUCAAUACUCUGGUUGGCCUCUGUUAUUUUCUCCUACCGAUAGGGAACCUACAUAAGGACUCUAUACAGGCUCUUGGGUACCCCAUAAGGGGAAAAGAGCAGUUUUUCUUAUAACACUACAUAGGUCUGGCGAGCGGGGGCAUGGAAGUAAUGUCUAGUUCCUGUUCGGAUGUAUGGGCACUGGAAGUCCUAAUUUCAGCUUCCUGGCAUUUUUAUCCUCGGGGGGACGACGACGACAACCCAUUAAUGUGAUGAUAUAUUAAUGUGAUAUGUGCAGUGAUCUACAUGCAGGUUACAGCUGGGCUCCAAGCACCUUCUCCAUAAAGGGGAUUUUAAUAGUAGUAAUAAUUUUAUUAUUUCUAUUAUUUAUACCACCCAUCUGGUUGGGUUUCCCCAGCCACUCUGGGCGGCUUCCAACAAAAUAUUAAAAAUACGAUAAAGUAUCAGACAUUAAAAACUUCCCUAACAGGGCUGCCUUCAGAUGCCUUCUAAAAGACAGCUAGUUGUUUAUUUCCUUGACAACUGAUGGGAGGAUUUUCCACAUGGCUGGCGCCACUACCGAGAAGGCCCUCUGCCUGGUUCCCUGUAACAGUCUACAAAAGCAAACGCAACACGCUGGCUAAUAACUGUUAGUAAAUAUAUAAUCGGUAUGAUGUCAUUCAAAAUAUACAAAUAAGCCACUUCAAAACAAUAUAUAUAUCAUACAACACAUCUCACAAAAUAUACAAGUAACUGCAAGACAGUGCAUCCGGAAUAGUUCAACUGUUUCGGAAUAAAGUCUUCAUCAGUGAAUAAUUAUCAAUGAAAUAUACAUACUAGUGAAGAUCAUACUAGUGGAUCAUGGAGACCUCCAUACCUGCCCCCCCCCCGCCCCCCCAAAGCAAUACUUCUGUCUUGUCAGGAUUCAACCUCAAUCAGUUAGCUUCCAGCCACUCACAUAGGACCUUUACUGCAUUCACUGGUUCUGAUUUAAAAGAGAUGUAGAGCUGGGUAUCAUCUGCAUAAUGGUGAACGCCCAGCCCAAUCCCCCAAUGAUCUUUCUCAGCAGCUUCAUAUUCAUGUUGAAAACAUGGGGGAGAGGAUUAAGCCCUGAGGCACCCUGCAAGUGAGAGCCUAGGGGUCUGAACACUCAUCCCCCAACACCACUUUCUGGAUAUGGCCCGGGAGGAAGGAGCAGAAUCACUGCAUAACAGGGCCCCCAGCUCCCAACCCCUCUAGAUGGCCCAGAAGGAUUUUGUAAUGUGUAGCAGUUGCAAUUCAAAGCAGCACUGGAAAAAUCCACCAGCAACUGGUGGCCCAGAGUCUUCCAAAAAUGUGAUGCUGAGCCCAGAAAUUGGGGUGGGAGAGGGUUCCAACUUGCUAUUACAAUUUUGAAAUCUUUGUGCCUAUAAUGAUUUUCAUAAGAACUAAAUAUCUUGAGAAGCACUGAUUAGGUCUGUUGUGAAACAGAAUGCAGGUUUCUGAUACAAAUACUUUUCUUAAAAGGGUACAGGUGACUGUGUGAUGUCUGUGUGGGAGGUGAAUCCUAACAAAAGGCAGAUAAGCAUUCAAAGUGUUGCUGAUUCAAGUUUGAUUGAAGGUAUGUUUUCCAGGCAUAGGCAUCCUAAAGAACUCUUUUGUUCAAAGACUUAGUUUCCCACGACCUUUGAUAUUUAUUUAAAAGCCUUUGUUUCCAUACUCUUCCAGCUUGUCAAUAUCCUUUUUAAACUGUGCUGCCCAGAACUGGACACAGCAGUUCAAGCGUGAUCUGACCAAGGUGGAAUAGAGCAAUACUAUGAUUUCCCUUGAUCUAGGCACUAUACUUCUGUUGAUGCAGUCUAGAAGAGCAUUAGCCUUUUUUGCUGCUGCAUCACACUGUUGAUUCAUGUUCAGCUUGUAGUCUACUAAGACCUUUAGGUCUUUUUCUAAGUUCUUAUGCUGGGGGGGGGGGGGGGGCGGAAAAAGCCAAUCCUGGAAACUGCAAGUGACUGACACAGACAUGAACUUUGGAUUUCUGAACUGUACAUAGUUGCACUAAAUAAAACCUGGAAAAGACAGAUUGGAGUCCUGGCUGUUUACUUGCAAGCAACCACCUAGAGACCUGAUAUUUUCACAUGUACUAUUGACAAUCCAGGUGUCCUCCAUCUUAUAUUUGUGCAGCUGGUUAUGCCUGCCUAAGUGUGUUACCCUACAAAGGGGGUCUGGAAAUAGCCAGUCCUUUUUAGCCAAAUACAGGCAAGCAGCAUCUUGGAAAGGGUUCAGAUUUAUUGCAGACUGUUGUAAGAAUAAAUGAUCCAGAGGAAUUAUGGACUCCGAGCAUACAUUUCAAAACCUCUUUAUAGCUUUUGCUUUACACCAAUACGAUUGGAUAACAGAACAUGAACAGCUUGAUUGGUUUACAAAAAUUAUGCUCCUAUCUACCAGCAAUACAGUGGCAACAGAUAGUUCUGAGCAAAGUUUAUAGAUUCACUAUUCUUCUGUCUCAUACAAAUGCCUUUGAAGUUUCUAGUCUGCGAAGGGCAAUGAGCUCUUGGUGUGUUUUGCUAAGCUGAUAAGAAAACAAGAGGCCCUGCUUGCUAGGAAAAAGACAGAAAUAUUCUCAGGUGGGGAUGCAGGGAGAAAAUGCUUAAACUUCCAACUCUGAUUCUAUUACUCUACAGUGUAAAUCCUUCAUUUACUCAAUUGACAGAUUAUCUGAUUGAUACUGGAUAUCUCUGGCUUUGGGAUUUAAUGAGCAUUACAUGUGUGGAAAGAGAGAGAUCUUUCCAGUACAUUUCCAAUAGAAGACAAUGGCACAGAUACAUUGUAGUUGUGACUGUGAGAAUGUGCUUAUACAGACUUAGCAUUUAGCAAGCUUAGUGAGGUCAGUUGUGUUUGAGAAACAUGUACUGCGAUAGAGAAUGCGAGCAUAGGUGCAUGCUGUGCUGUGUUGAGCUGAGGGUCUUGACAUCUGUCCCAAGUUAUGGGUCCCAGGUUACGACAGCUAGGUACAUUUGUCUCUUGAAAUCUUUAUUAGCUUUGACCCUGUUUCCUAAAUGGUCAUCUUAAAUCCCCAGGGUAAAUCCCCAGGGCAACGCUCAGGGCCUCAGGACCCUAGAGUUUCUGUUCAGAGACCCCAGGUGUUUUACUGUAGGGAUGGGGAACUCUGUGACUGUCCUGAUGCUCCUGGACUGCAGCUACUAUCCUCAUCAUUGUCAAUGCCAUCAUCAUUUUAUUAUUUGUACCUCACACAUCUGACUGGGUUGCCCCAGCCACUCUGGGCGGCUUUGAACAUAUAUAAAACAUAAUAAAAUAUUAAACAUUAAAAAACUUCCCUGACUGCUGGCCCUAUUGGCUAGGGCUGUAUUGGAGUCCUGUAGUAUCUGGAGGGCCACAGGUUGCACACCCCUAUUUUACAGUUUCUAUUUCAAACGCAACUUUUUAAAGCAAGAAAUUAACAGACUUACAUCCUUUUUUCCUUUUUACAUUUUUACAGCUGCAAAAAUGCUUCAGGUUGUAGAUGAAUUAUUGUUUGUCUUGGAUAAUGAGGCAAGUGCUAUUUUGAUUUAUUUGUUGCCCAGUUUUACAGAUUGCUCCUGGAUAAGGUUAUGUUCCAUAGUUUCAGUAUUUGGCAAAUGGACAAUUAGUAAGAAAACGUUUGUUUCCACUAGUGGAAUUCAGGGCAUUCAUAACCAUGAUGAGCUCUUAUUUAAAUGGUUAAUUAAUAUAUUAUACUUUGGUUAUGUUUUAAGAACGUUUAAGAUAAAGACUACUUAUAUUUUUAAUUGAUUUUUAAUUUCAAGUAACAAAGCAUACCCAUACAAGGAAUAUAGAGUUUAGUAGAAAAGAAGGAAAAAUAGCAGCUGAUGGUUUUAGUUUUAGAUGUUUCAAGAAAGCCAGUCAAAUGAAAGUUUUUCUCGAUAAGGUUCCAUGACUUGAUGGAGGGUGAAAACCUUGUUCGAUUGUCUUAACAAAGUCAGUAAUAGGAUACCAUGUUGAGGUGUGAGCCUCCCCCCCCCCCCCCGAUUGAUACUCCUUUUGUGAAAUGGUUAAUUUGUCCACAAGUAGGAUUUCCAGUGUUCAAAAUUUGCCAUGCACAUUUUGCACCUGGCUAUCAGUGCCUGAAGUCUCCACCAUUUGGUGGUGCAUACCUAGGGAUUAUUGGAACUUGACGGUUUUUGCAUACUAGCAACACAUCCUGUCAUGUGGGACCAAUGUGAGAGAAGAUGUGCACUGUGGAAAAAAAAUGGAAACGAUGAAGGGACAGAAGCCAUUGACAGCCCUGAUUAAUGAACAUGACAAAUUAUCCACCAAAUUAGAAAUGUUUGUUUCAUAAUAUGAAAGAUCUAAGUAUUACAAAUGUAUACUUUCAUGGUUCAUAUAGCAAAGGUAAUAGGUCUUAAUUAGUUACAUCAUAAUGACACUUUUGUUUUCUUUUUCUUGUAGAAUGGUUUGUCUUUGUGGAAUAUUUGCACUCUUACCAUGAUUUGGAGCUGUUGUUCUGUUCACAUUGAAGAAUUUCUUCUGAUUUCAGAAUCGGAUUUUUCAGCAGCUGCAGGGUAAAUUCAGGAUUAUAGCAUACUUGCUGAGAAAUAUGAAAGGGUGUGCCACAGCAGAAUGGCUCCUCCCCUAGCCUCUUACCAGAGCUGAUGCCCACACUUUCUUGAAGUUUUGUAUUCACUGACUUCAGAAUCAGCCCCUGGGAACAAAGAAGGACCUAAUUUCUGAGCAGACAUCCAUAGGAAUGGGCUGUGUGUAUGUGCUGUGUGACCAAUCAGUUGUUAUUGAACUACAUCUCUGGCCAGUAGCCAUGUUCCAUGCUAAAAAACAGGGGUGUUGGGAAUCCAUAAUCAUUGCAGGGCCACAGGUUUCUUGUCCCCAUAUGGCAAGGAUAGGCAACUUGGUGCCCCCUCCUGAUGGAGCCAGCAUGGUGCAGUGGUUAGAGUAUCCAACUGGGUUCAAAUUCUCACUCAGCCGUGAAGCUCACUGGGUGACCUUGGACCAGUCACUGUCUCUCAGACUAACCUACAUCACAGAAUACAAUGGGGAGAGUGAGAAUCAUUUAUGCCACUUUGAGCUCCUUGGAGGAAAGGUGAGAUACCAAUGUAAUAAAUAACUAAAGUACUGAAAUAAAAUGUAAAUGGUGAUGGCUCAUAACUUUUGUCAUUGGUUGAUGCAUUUCCCUUCUUUUGUUAAGACAGGGGAUUGCCAGUCUUAAGCUAGUUGCUUUGACAAACCCUGAUGAUGGCAAACAGGUAAUUGUCUUCUAUCAAAGAAAAGCUUCAAAACAUUGUGCCUGUAUUUUGGCAGCAUCCUUUAGGAUUAUCCUAAUUGCACUAUUUCUCUGUAGAUGAGGAACAUCGUGGUGUUUUCACUGCCUACUAUGCACCGACUCUAUUCUUUGGAAACUACUAAUGUUUCUUCAUUGAUUCAGAGCGGAAUAAAUACGGUAUGUUUUUCUCUUUUCUUCAAUCCUAAGUAAGGCUGACGAGGGGGAAUGUAAAAAGAAAUCCAAGUCAGAGUUUAAGUAUUGUAGGAUUUGGUACAGUGAUUCAUCAAAUAUUAAAAGCUUCCCUAAACAGGUCUGCCUUCAGAUGUCUUCUAAAAGUCUGAUAGUAGUUUAUUUCUUUGACAUCUUGUACAGUUAAGGCACAUGCUACAUAUUGUUUCCCAUGCAGGAUACAAUGUACUUUUUGGAAGGAAUGUAUGAAAAUAACCAAAGGUAAGUUUGCACUUUAAUAAAAUACAAUAAAAAGCUGCUGCUUUAUUUUUGAUGGUUAUCAAAGCUCUUUUUUAAACCACACACUCAUUUCUAGGGCAUCAGACCAUCCAGUCUCACUUCUGGUAUUGAGAUGCUUAACUGAAGCCUUGCCUGAGAACAGGUAUACAUAUAUUUUGACUUCUACUACUGCUUAAGUAGAAAAUUUGGUACUUGUGAUAUGGCUGAGCCAAAGUUAAGUGUGUCGUAAGCCUCAUUAACUUCAAAGUGAAAGAGUUAAACAUAUGCUUAACAUUACAAUCCUAUAAGUGUUCACUCAGAUGUAAGUCCUAUUGAGUUAAUUGCAGACUCAUUCUCCCAGUAAAAACAUAGGAAGAGAAACUUGUCUCCAGAUGGAAAUCCCUAAAGGUAAAUGAAAUGGGCUUUGGACCAAGAAACCUCUCAAAUCAGUUUCUUUUCAUCUAAGAGAAUAAUCACUAAAAUGAUUGCAUAGAUAUCACCUCUUUCUUGUCUUAAUGUCAGAUAAUUUCAGCUACCACAGCUGCUUGCUGGAGAGAGUGUGAGGAGGUUUGGUCAUAUUUCCUUAUGUGGUGGUUCUGUAAGGCAGUCCUCAGUUAUUUAAUUGUAGAAUUGUAGAGCUGAAAGGAACCCCUAGGGUCAUCUAGUCCAACUCCCUGCAAUGGAGGAAUCACAACUAAAGCAUCUGUCACAGAUGGUCAUCCAACCUCUGCUUAAAAACCUCCAAGGAAAGAGAGUCCACCAUCCUUCAAGGGAGUCUGUUCCACUGUCAGAAAGUUCUUCCUGAUGUUAAGUCAUAAUCUUUUUUCUUAUAACUUGAAACCAUUCAUUUGUGUCCUAUCCUCCAGAGCAGGAGAAAACUAGCUUGCUGCAUCUUCCUUGUGGCAGCCCUUUACAUAUUUGAAGAUUGCUGUUGUAUCUCCUCUUUUCCUGUCUUGACAAUCCCUGCUCCCUGAACCGUUCCUUAUAAGGCUUUUUCUGUGGUGGAGAAGCCUUGCUGAGUGCAUUGGUGGUGGGAAAAUAGUUAGUUUAGUUAGCAUACCAGCCUGUGCCUGUAGAUCUCAGGGUGGUUCACAACAUAAAAUUACAAUAUAAGCCCCCCCCCCCAAUAUAUAAUAAAAAUAAGAACAAAAACAAGUCAAUAAUCCCCCUCCCGCAACACAUUUAAAAAGGGAUUGGAUGUCAAUCAGCCAAAGGCCUGGGAGAAGAGGAACAUUUUCUCCUGGUGCCUAAAGGUGUAUAAUGAAGAGUGGGUUUCUCCCACUCUAUUUAUUUAUCCCCCUCCCACCGGCCCAAGGUUGUGAUCAUGUAACUCAAGUGAGUGUAAGUAAUUAGAUGAAUAGAUUUAACUGGCUGUAACCAUUUUUAAGUGGGAGGUAACAGCACUUCGUUUUCUCCCCCUUUUUAGACUGAGCCGUUUACUUCACAAGCACAAAUUUACUGAAGCUGAGAAUUUUGCUGUUCAGUUUGGACUGGAUGUUGAGGUAAAGGACUUUGUCUGCAAAUCGUACCUCAUCACUUACUGCCAACUGCAAAACCACAAUGAAAUAAGUAGACAAGGGAGCUCUCUCUGGUAGCUUCUAUGCCUACUCAUUCCAGUUACCCACUACAGCAGGAGUUUUAAAUGUAAAUUUCAAAAUUGUUAACGGAGGCAAGGGACUGGUAAAGAAUAAACAAAUGUUCUGCAAAUUUUUCUCUGACAAUACUAGACAAGCCUGCUACUCUGAAAAUAAAGAAGAUUUUUUUUUCCAAAGGGGAAAUAAUGUGUUAUGUGUGUGUUUAAAAAACAACAGAACGUUUACAAAGUGAAAAUGAGCUCUAUUUUGGAGAGAUUGGCUUCAGAGUCUGUUGCCGGAGAUUGCCAGUCAGCCUGGCUAGAACUUGUGGCUCAAGCUAAAGAAACGCUGGAUAAAAUAAAGGUAUGGAUUUAUCCUACUAUAUUUAAAUGCAUUUUUAUACCACUUUAUAUACAAAAUAUCUAAGCGACCUACUGCAUAGAGUGCACUGCAGCAAUCCAGUCUCAAGGCUGCUGAUAGCCAGGAUAUCCCUUUCAAUGAGCUGUUGUAGGCAUUUCAGCCAAAGCUGGUAAAAGGUACUCAUAGUCACAGAGACAACUAGAACCUCCAAUGAUCAAUGAUGGAUCCAUGAGUACUCCCACACUAUGCUCCAGUUCCUUCAGAGGGUGUGCAAUUCUGUCUAUAAAGGCAGUUCACCUGUUUUCUGGAUCCAAGUACCUCUCACCCACAGGAUCUCCAUCUGACCAGGAUUCAGCUGCAGUUUAUUAGCCCUUACCAGCUUCAGAGCCUAUACCGCUACACCUUCUACGGAGAAGCCAAACUCUAUGUGUGUCUUGUGCAUGUGUAUCUGUAGCUCUCUUGUAGUAGAUAAUUUGCACAUGGGUGUAUGUGAUAAGUUUUUCUUUUAAGCUGUUUAGAAGAUAAGUUUAUUCUGUGUUUUUAAUUGUUUCUCCUUCUAAAUAGGAUAACCAGUUUGUGACUGAGUACUGCAUAAAUACACCAUGGCCAAUAUAUGAAAGUGCUCGGGAAAUGCUGAACUAUGCUAGAAGCAGGGUAGGUUUUGAUAGGUGCUUUCACACAUCCUACUCAACUAGGGCCUUGGGAGACCCAUCUUGGAGGAAGAGGUGUGGGACUCCAUGGAGAAUCGAAGCUUAGCUGAGGGCCUGGAAGAACCUGCUACAGUUCUAAAGCACCCUAGUGUCACCUGGGUUGCUGACAACCUCUCCAGCCGCAUUACUGGCUUUGCCUGAAACCCUGAUUCUUCUCACUCACCCAGACCUUAAGAGUGAAGAUGGCAGAGCAUCUGGUGGGAAGCCUCUGGGAAGUUAUCACCAGAUGUCUCUGUAGGAUGAAGUCUCUUUGGACGAAAGAGUCAAAAAUUGCAGCUGAGAAAAAUGGCCCAGGGGAUGACCAAGAAGGGCAGGGGCUGGCAGGGUGAUUCUAAGCUGGGUUAAUAGUUGUUUACUGAGUUCCCUCUAGAGCUCUCUUGCGCAGGCCCUGCUCCAGCACUAGAUAUUGGUCACCGACAUCCAGAACCAAACCUAGUUUACAGCUACCCGUGUAGAAUUUUUUGUUACAAUGUUUGCAUUGGACUGCAAGUUAAUUUAGCACUUAUCAUUUCAGAUCCUGAAGAGAGGUGACAAAACUGUUGCUCCUUUCUUGACUGGGGACCCAGCAUCUCUUACAGAGGUAAUGAAAAUCAAACAAUCCUGGACCUUUAAAUUAUUACUGGGAUGUGGGUGAAAUGAGGAACUGGAAAGAGAACCUUGGUCUCUACACUCUGGCUUGGCUCCUCUAGCAAGUGUAUAGAGGCUGUGAGGCGGGGCACUGAUAUGUCUGUUGAGAUAUUGCCAGGGAGAUAAAGCCCAUCAUGGCCCCCAAGCCGUGUCCGGACGUCCAUCGAUCUCCCGUAGGCACGCAAUAUCAGCAAUUAGCGACAUGAGCUCCAGAAAUAGCCUGCCACAUUCUCAAGCCGAUGCACGCUCUAUCAGCAGAUAAUGCACAGCAAAAGUUGCACACAAGAGAGCAUUAUUUACAAGUUUUAUUCAUAGAAUCAUAGAAUCAUAUAUUCCCUCCUUCAGCGUUGAUCAGAACAAAGAAAAAACAUGACUGCCAGCUUCAGUGUCUCUGACACAGAGAGAGCGAAAACAAAGACACAACAGAAACAUCCUGUGAAACAGGAAAUACGCAGGCUGUGUAACUCACAAAGCCUGCUCCCUUUUAAGGUGGAACGGAAAUAUCCUAACAUCGUCUUCUUGUCAAGGGCACAAGGGAGUGAAACAUUUAAAUUUAUUUUAAUACAUUUCUGCUCUACUUUUUAGGGCAGACCUUCACAAGGUAGUUUAUAAUGAGAAUAGUAAUGAAACAAUUAAUGAAUAACAUAGUAAAGAAUAGCAACAUAUAAAAGCUAUUUUCCAACUGAAUGAAAAGGGUUAGGUGUUCAUUUUGUAUAGUUUUUCCAGUGAUUUUUGUACUAUUCAAAAUAUUUUAGCUGUUUUUUGUGACGUGCUAUUCAAAAUAUUUAGCUGUUUUUGUGACUUGAGAGAUAUAUGUAAAAGGUGAUUAAUAAUUUUAAAAAUGCCUCCCCAAUAAAAAAAUUUUUUGGCAGAAUUAAAGCAAAAGCCCCUCUAGGAUCUGCUUAGAAUACCACAAGAUGUGAACAAGUGGCAUUUUCAGAGGAGAUUCCAGAAAAGGCUAAAAAGGCUUAGCCCAUCCCUGAUACCCUCUAACCUAAUUGUGCACAGUGGAAUACUGAGUUGGCAGUUCUGAAGAAUCUGUCAGUCUAUUGGCAGAUCUCUUGUUAAAUGUGCAUCCAAGUGUUUUCCUUGUCAAAAACCAGUGGUUUUUUCCCUCCAGGUGAUGAAGGCACAAGCAAAGCUAACUACAUUUUGUGGAGCAUUUGGAUCAGAGAUGUUCAGGUCUAUCUUGUUUUUUUCUUGUGUUGAUUUUGGGUUUGUGCAUGUGUAAAUUAUAACAUUUUCUAGAAUGAUGUAUAUUAACUGUAGUAGAUUUUUUUUCUAUUUUGCAAGACUACAGAAGACAAAAAUAAUGGGGAUUUGAAUUUUUAAAAAUCCUAUUAAGAUUUAUAUACCACUUAAUCUUAAGAUCUCGGGGCAGUUAAAAUACAGGAUAAAAACAAGUAAAUAAGUAGAUCAAAACAGCAAAACAAUACCCCCACUUCCCACAGACACAUUUAAAAGGCUGUAGAAUAUUAAUCAGCCAAAGGCCUGGUUGAAGGGGAAGGUUUUCACCUGGCUUCUGAAAAUAUAUAAUGAAGGCGUCAGGUGAACCUCCCUAUGUAGUUCUGUGUGAAAUCAGUUUUUUCUUCUUUCUUUUCCUUCUCUUCCUGUUGUAAUCCAACAUUCUCUUUGGUGACCCUUCACUUUCGUUUUCUGCACACAUAGACAAUUCUCAGUGCGUCAUAGCCAAGACAAAGGGAGACUGGCCUUCCGCCAUUAGCGCCAGGCAUAUAUCCAAACUUACCUUCUUUGGUCUCAUUCCAGCUGCUAACGAGCUACUGCUUCAACAAGAACACCAUUACUCCCAUCAUAAAUUCUUUUAUCAUUCCAUUAAGAGUCUUUGCCAAAACCUUAGUCAAAUUUUCACAGUCAAUUUUGUAGUUAAACCAUAACGAUAGCAAGAUACUCUUUCAAUUCCACUUGCAUUUUCAAACAAUCAGGCAGUCAGUCUUUCAAGGGGAAUUUGCCAAAUAAAACAGCAGAUGCAAAAUAUAUCAAAAAGAAUAAUGGAGGCUCAUCCCUCCUCUGUUCCGACAUACCAGUCCAAUUGCGACGAUAAUCCUUCUCCAGGUCAAAUCCUUGGUACCCAGUGGCUGAAUCAGUUAGCAGAGUACUUUGUCUCCCCUAGUUCAGAGCACGCCUGUUAAUUAAGUCCAAAUUUCAUCUUAAAAAAUCAGGUGUCCUCUGCUCAUGGCGACAGCUUUGGAGAGUUGCCGAAAACUGUUACAAUAUGAGAGCAACGCAGCUGCAAACUUGCAGCUUGGUGAAAACAUCACAUGAUGUGACUAGCUGUGGGAAAGAAUCUUCCCGGAAGUUCACAGGCUUCAAAAGUCUUUCCUGUGUGUGUAAUAUGAGACCUUCCUGUUGCGUAUGUAAAGGAAGUCUUUGCCACUUGCUUGCUGAAGACUGAGCUGUUCGGUCAUGUUUUCUGUAGUGUUGCAAAUUCAGAAAUAAAGAGAUGUAAAUAGACUUUCUGACUAUCUCCUUUCCCUGCUAGGGAAGCAAGGAGGGAGGGGGUGUGCAUUUUCCACGCUGGGAAAUGUCGCCUAUCAAGAUUUUCCUUGACUGUGGGGAUGCCAGCCAGGGCAGAUCACCGGUAAACAAGCUCCGGGAACCGACGAGGGGGGCUAGCCUCUCCCGAGGGGGCUUGUUUUCCUCUACUCAUGGCGACAGCUUUGGAGAGUUGCCGAAAACAUGUGGUGCAUUGCACCCAGCGCCCCCUGCCCCCUCUUCCUUCUGGGUGGGAAGCAGGUAUUGGAUGAACUGUGGGUGGAGCUGGCCCCCCCCAGCCUGGGGGGCGGGGUUGGGAGGAUAAUUGCUCCCAUAUUAUCCUUGAUUAACUGCACGGAAAGGCGUACAGUGGUACCUCAGGUUACAGACGCUUCAGGUUACAGACUCCGCUAACCCAGAAGUAGUACCUCGGGUUAAGAACCUUGCUUCAGGAUGAGAACAGAAAUCGCACGGUGGCGGCGCAGCAGCAGCAGGAGGCCCCAUUAGCUAAAGUGGUACCUCAGGUUAAGAACAGUUUCAGGUUAAGAACGGACCUCCAGAAUGAAUUAAGUUCUUAACCUGAGGUACCACUGUAAUGUAAUGAAAAGUGUAAUGGGUGCAGCCGUUUACCAUGGCAGCCAGACAGGAAGUGUUUAUAAUUCAUGUUUUGAAUCUAUAAGCAAGGCUCAGCCAGCAGAGUACCAUGAUAAUUUGAUUUUUCUUUUGUGUGUGUGUGUGUUAUCUAAUCCAAAACCUUCGGUUGGUUACAAAGUUCAAAGCUGAACACAUUUUUGGAGGAAGAAUCUUCUGUAUCUUAAUUGCACCUCUGUUUUCGUAUUUGUAAUUUAUGUUUUGUUGGGCUAUGGUUCAAUGUUCAAUUUUUGUGGUUCUAGUGGAACUGCUUGGUUUGAAUUUCUGAACAGUGAGGACCUCUUCAGGGACAUCCUUUUACAGAUAAAAGGAGGAAAUCUCAUGUCUGCCCAGUACCUCUGGCUAAGGCAUCAGGUAAACAGCACCAUUCUCUGUCCUUGCCACACUCCUCCCCACUGCUGUUUUGUGUUCCUGAAGUAUGUAUGAGAUACCUUGCUACAUGCGUUGCCUGAUCUUAGCUGCAGCUCCUCAAAAGCUCUUACGACUCCACCGCACGUCCAUUAGAUUGGCUUGUAUCCCCUUUGUAUGAUACAAAGGUAGCAGGACUGGCAAAACCCUCUGUCUGAUGCCUCAGAGAGCUGCUGUCAGAGUUGACCAUACUGAGCCACAUGGACCUGAUAGUCUUUGAUUUAAGUAAGCAGCUGCAUAUAAUCACAAGCCAUUCACUAACUACCACAAUUAUUGGUCUGAUGGUUGUGAAAAUCUUUCCUUUUCUCCAGGAAGACUUCGAAGGGGACUUUAAUGUGAAAAUGCUGGACAAGUUGCUUAAUACAAUCCCUACAACAGUUUCCCUCAAAGAACUAUGCCUGUGGUUUAAGGAUGUUAUCAUUCCUUUUGUAAGGCGUGUUGUACCCAAAGGACAGGUAGGGUCUAAUGGGAGACAAGGGGGAUCCUUAUAAAAUAUGGGUGAAGAACCCACAUCUCAGGAGCCACAUGUUGUCCUUGGUCUAAUUUAAUGUGCUCUGGGUCUGCCUGACACUGGCAUGCAGUCCCUAUGGGGGGUGGGGAGAUUUCUCAUCCUCUGUCUUUUUAAGAUCUCAGUUAGUGAAGAUUGGUGAAUAGGCAGAUGCACUGAUUUAUUUAUUUUUAAGCCCUGGUAAUUUUAAGCUCUGGUAAAGGUGGAGAUUGCACAACAGGUUGCACAACAGUUGUGAUAGAAAACAGCUGCAAUAAAUUUGUCCAAAUACUUCUUAAUAUUUAAAGGACAUUGAAGUAAAGUUAAUACCUGUUGGGUUUUUAAAGUACUAAAUUUAGCAUAUAAAAUUAUGGAAAAGAAUGUGAAUUGAAAGUGGAUUACCGUAUUUUUUGCUCCAUAAGACGCACCAGACCAUAAGGCACACCUAGUUUUGGGAGGAAGAAAACAAGAAAAAAUUAUUCUGAAUCCCAGAAGCCAGAACAGCAAGAGGGAUCUGGCUUCUGGGAUACCAUGUGGCUGUUCUGGCGUCUCGGAUAACCGCACCAAGCCUCUUCAGGGCAGCGGGAUGAAAGCUCCCCCUGCACGAAGAGGCUGCGCACGGCUAAGGCAGAAGCCAGGACAGGCACAUCACUGAAGGGGCGCUGCGCAGUUCUCCCUCUCUGCGCAGCGCCCCUUCAGCAAAGCUGGAGAAGGAACAGGAGACCUUUCUGUUUCUCCUCCAGCUUCCAGGACAGGCGCGUCGCUGUGAAGCUGGAGGAGGAACAUAAGGAGUCUCUUCUGUUCCUCCUCUGGCUUCGCAGGACAGGCGCUGCGCAGAGAGGGAGAGCUGCGCAGCGCCCCUUCAGCGAAGCGGGAAGAGGAACAGAAGGGGCUCCGUUCCUCCUCCCGCUUUGCUGAAGGGGUGCUGCGCAGCUCUACCUCUCUGCACAGCACCAUUUGCUCCAUAAGAUGCACUCACAUUUCCCCUUACUUUUUAGGAGGAAAAAAGUGCGUCUUAUGGAGCGAAAAAUAUGGUACAUUUUUUUUUAAUGCCCUAAGUCGAGGCCAGAUGUGGAUACCCAAAUCAAAAUACAUAAUACAUUUUUGUUCACCCUGGUGCUAGAUGCAUUUUUCACAAGACAAAAUAGUUUGAAAGCUACGAUGGUCAUAUGGGCCUGCCCUUCUGUAUGCCUUGCUUUUACCUGGUGUGUGAGUGGAAAAGCUACUUCUGUUUUGGUGCUCAGGCAAUUGAACUCACGGCUCUGGGUAAUCCAUCUCUGCUAGGGAUAGGGGUUUAUUUUGUUCACUAUGCAUUUUGAUGUGAAAUUACCUGAUUUGCCGUUCUCAUACCAGUGCUUUGAUUGGAACAUAGGUACUGGGAGUUGUCUGCGUAUCAAUGAAUUUCUUACAGCUUAUCUAACAGGUUAUGACUUGUAAGGUGGUCUGAGGGGCACAUUUUUUUCUUAAAUCUUUUUACAUUUUCAAGCUGCCAAUAGCAGCUAGCAAGCACAGCACUGAGUGAGAUGCUUUUUUAAAUGAUCCAAGUAGCAGCUGUACAUCGUAAUGUGUGACCUGUUGCUAGGGAAUUGUAUAGAGAAAAGAAUGGCUGCCCUGUUAUACCUAAGCGGGUAACUACCUUUUCUUAUACAAUGUCCAUGGUAGCUAAGUAGGUGGGCCUGAUGACAAGUUCUAGUGCUCUCUCCUGUAAGGGACCAUCAUGUAAAAGCACUGGAUAUAUAUAUUUAGUAUAUGGACUAGAUGACGCUCAUGGUCUCUUCCAAUUCUACAGUUUUAUGAUAUUCUCAUUCUCUCAUUCUCUCUCUCUCUCUCUCUCUCUCUCUCUCUGUCACUCUCUCUCAUCUGGUUUGAUCCUUAUCUUCCAGGAAAAAAUAGCAAAGUGGCUGGAACAAAGAGCACGAAACCUUGAGUUAAUUGACAAGGUAACGUAGUAAUUCUCCUGUAAAACCCUGCAUAUUGCCUCUCUCCAAAAAUGUCACUAAUAUUUCAUUUUUCAAAACAGGCCAACUGGCCAGAAAAUGGACUUGAAAUGGCACAGGUGUUUUUUAUCAGCAAAGAUCCAGGUGAAAUUGGAUCUGCAUCUUCCUGGUAUGGAGUUUCUUUGGUAAGGAUUCUGCUUUCAUGAAACCCAUGUUUGGGAAAGUGUGAGCCUAUACUUGUGCAGAUGCACAUGUGUUUAGAAUUUGAGGGAGGGGCAGCAUUUUCUUAAUUUAUCCUGUUAAGCAAAUUACCCCAUUGCAUUUAUUUUAAUUAAUGAAAAAUUUUGAAAGCACACAAUUUUCCAGAAUUUAGUAGUUUUCCCUUUUUAUGUUUCUGUUAAGUGCAGAAGGAUAAUUUUGAUGCAGGGAAAUUUCACUGUUGUGUGUUUCAGGACCAUGAUGGUGAGGAGGUACGUGGUUUAGCAGAAUUAGUCAGUGCUCUGCAGGGCUUGGUGGACCUCUAUAAGAAAUACAACUGCAGGCUGGCCCUCUGCGACUUUGAAAAGGUACAGUAAAUUUGUGGCGUUAAACCUCUGUGUAGAUGCCUGUGUGUGUGUUUUGGUAAAAAGAAAGAAUGAAAGAUUACUGUUACAUUUAAUUAAUGGGAUUCUGUGCCACUGAGUCAUGAUUUUCAUGUAAGAUAAUUAAAAACACAAAAACAACAGAUACCAAACAAGACUAAAAUCCUAACGAUCCAGCUGGGGAAACCUAACAGAACAAAAAUGUCUUCUGCUGUUUCUGGAAAGUGCAGAUAGUGGGUUUUAUCUCAACAAAAAUGCUAUUCUGUGGAACGUGGGCAGCUGCACUAAAAGCCUGCUCCAAGUUACUGUGGAGUGCCCAGGCUUCUGAGAUCUUUGGAACUUCAGGAGAAACUCUCCCAUUGGCUGCAGUGAUUUACUGAGUGUAUAAGGGAUAAUGAGGUCUCUCAAGGACCAAUCCCUUGAAUUUGGGUUGGUAGCAGACUGGAAGCCAGUGCAGAUUCCCCAAGCGAGGUGUUACAUGCUGGCGGUAGUUUGCCCUUGGAAGCAACCCGUCUGUAAUGCCCUGCACCAGCUGCAGCCUCCAGAAGAAUCGUCUCUGAAAAGCCGUUAGAAGAGCCAGUGUGGAUAUAAUAUUGGACUCCGAUGAAGGAACCGGAAUCUGAAUCGGUGCUUCCCAUGAGAUACACUGGCUGAUUUUAAGACAUUCAACCUCAAAGGUUGUUGUGAGGCUAUGAUCUGAUAGUCACAUAGGAAGAGCCUGCUGGGUCAGGCCCAUCUAGACCAGCAGCCUGUUCUCACAAUGGCCAACCAGAAGCAUGCAGGAAACCCAUGAGCAGGAUCUGAACUAGGUAAAAGGGCUUUCUGCCCUCUUGUGGUUUCUGGCAGCUGGUAUUCUAAAGCAUCCCUGUCUCUGGUUGUGGCGGCAGAGCAGAGCCAUAAUUGGCUAGGAGCCAUUUAGCCCAAUCCUCUUUGAAAGCCAUCCAAAUUGAUGGCUCUCCUCCUGUGGGAGCCGAUGCAUUCCUUGAAGGGGGGGGGGUCGAAUGUGAGGAAUAAAUUGGAACAGAUGGAGUGGGCUGCUUUGAAUGCAUAGUUUGGUGUAAGUAGUCAUGUAUUAACGGACAAACUAUGGUUUUUAUUAACAUUUUAUUGAAUUUUACUUUAGUUUACAUCAAUACCUCAAGUAUAAUCAUAACAAAAAACACAUUAUGGUGAAAUAAAAAGGUGGUGGGGAGAAAGGUCAGAUUUCGUAGCACCGCCCCCCCCCCAAUUUACUGGUGGGUCAAAAUAAAAAAGAAAGACUUGGAACCAAAAUACUUGAAGGAGAGCUCCCGCUCCCAUUGUCCUGACUGGAGGUUAAGAUCUAGGGAGAUCUUCCUUGGUGUUCUACUUCAGGAGUAGGGCUGAGCGAUAUCUGGUUUUCAACAUCACAAUAUAUUACCAGCUAAAUAUCACAGUAUCUUAUAUAUCAUCAUAUAUAUCUGCGAUGGCUGAGGGCCUUGCUGGGCCUCCCCGCAGGGGCAGAGGGUCUCGCCAUACCUCCCCACAGCGGUAGAGGGUGAACUGUGCUUCCCCACAGCAGCUGAGGGUCUUGCCAUACCUCCCCACAGCAGCUGAGGGCCUUGAUGAGGCUUCCUGCGAUGGUGGAGGGUCUUAAAAUGUAAGGAAGUAGUAGAUUUAAUAAAAAUGUUAAAUAAACGUCCAUGUAUUGUAUUUAAUAUAUUUUCAACUAAUUUAUAUUCAACUAAUUUAAGCAUAGUUUAAGUGAUUUACUGGUCAACUUGCAUCUGCCUCCCUACUCAGAAGUCUAAGUGGAAUCUGCUGGAAUAAGCUCCACUGAGUUCAACUAAACCAGAGGUGUCCAAACUUUUUUCAAAGAGGGCCAGAUUUUUAGGAUUGAAGUUGUUGACAUUUUUUUAGGAUUUUGCCACAAAGUUGUUGCUCUCCGAGGGAUAGAUAGGCAGGCAAGAGCGGCUGCAAGAGGAUUUCAAAGAGGGAGAGUGAGCCGUUGCAAGAGCCCGCUGGCAGCCUGCUGUAAGAGCCCGUGGGUGGGAGAGCGAGCGGCACACAGAGCGCCUGCACGAGCCGGCCAGCGGCCAGGAUAGAGAGCCGCAUGCAGGGCAGCUACGUGAGCCGGCCAGCGACCGGAAAAGAGAGCAGGGUGCAUGUGCGAUCUGAUGGGUGGGCGGUUCUGUUGUAAACAAGAUCUGCCCUUUUCCCCUUAUGGGGUAUUCAAGAGCCCGUAUAGAGUCCUUACAUGGAUUCCCUAUUGGUAGGAGAAAAUAACAGGCCAACCAGAGAAUAUUGAGAAGCAAAGCAGCUCGUAAGCCUGAUCUUUAUUAAAGCUGUUGCAACAGGGUGCUCCCCUCACAUGCAGGAGGACGGAGGAGGACCCAGAACAAAGGUGUGCCAGCCCUUAUAUAGACAUUUUAAAUUCCCUGCCUUGGAACUCAAGACCCACCCCCCACAAACUUCAUACCUACAUCACAGAAAAGGCGGUCUAUAACACAAAUUUGAAUGCUGUUGUUUUUCCUGUCUGCCAGGUUAUCUGAUAAUGCCUUUUCUGAUUUCCUUUCCUGGUAGUCUGCCCAUUCCUUUAAAAUGGUGAUUACCGAAUUCCUGAGACAAUGGGAAGGUUCCCUCACCACCUCCCUCCUUGUAGAGAAACACUUGGUCAGCUUGGGAGUCAAAAUGGUUUCAGGAUGGUCUUCCUGUGCUGCUCCAGACAUGUGGUCCACAUAUCUAUGUUUGUGCUUGGUUGGUACAAUUAUGAACAUUUUAUGGACCUUAAAUUUUUAUUACAGUUCCAAGAGCUGCAUGGCGAGCGCGGGCCUGCGGGCGGGUGAGCAAGCCGCACAGCAUAACCACCCAGUGGGAACGCCGCCCAUGCUCCCACUCCGGAACACAACUGCCUCUGGGGCCAGAUUAAACUAACCGGAGGGCCAGAUUUGGCCCGGAGGCUGGACUUUGGACAUGCCUGAAUUAAACGUGCUUCUACUUUCCCAGGUGUAAGCCCCAUUGAAUUCAGUAGGGCUUGCUUGUUGAGUAGACACGCAUUUGCUUGCACUCCUUCCUGAAAAACACCCUCCCCAUCAUUCUCACGCAGUACCCAAUCUCCCAUUUCAUCAUAAGGCAGCCAGCUAAAUCUUCUCCCUCCACUACCCCCCCAGAAGGGCCCCCCCAAACCUUGUCUCUCCCUUUUUAUCAAAGGGAGGGAGAGAGGGGAAGCAAGCUAAAAGAUGGUCACAUUUGAAUUUAAAAAACCACCCUUUUUAAUAUGUAGGAAAGCUAUUUAGGGGGAACCAACAAUAAACACCACCAGAAAAUAAAAAUAAAAACUCUUCCCCCUCUUUUUUUCCCCACUGAUGAGGCUUUUUCUUGAAGGGCUUUCCAGUUCUUUGUUCAUGUUCUUUUUUGUCCAGCUUUAGAAGAACCUGUAUUGUUAGCAGGCUCUGCAUAAUUAGCUGAGCUCUAAGUGGAAAGACACCAGUGAAGCUGAGAGUGUGCUGGUUCUGUGAGGGCUUAUCAUCAUUUCUUAUCCGUUAGGAGGGAGGAGGGAGAGAGCAAACAAAGCUGGAGACACCAUGCCUGCAAAUAAAUCUGCAAAGCAGAGCCACCCCUUGGGAAGCUGUUAAGUCUCCACCUUUUGUUCACUGGUAUAUUGCCUUGUUGAAACACAUAUCACAAUGUUAUUUCAAUACCAGUAUUCAACUAUAUGGCAAUUUAUUGCACAGCCCUCCUCAGGAGCUGUCUGUUACACUGUGACUCAGAGUAGCUCCCUGGUUGUUGUUGUUUAUUAGAUUCAUAUGCCUCACUUUAUCACAAGAUCUCAGGGCAGUUCACAAGAUAAAAAUACAUGGUGAAAGCAGAAAUAAAUAGUUAAAACAAAAACAACAAAAUAAUAACCCCCCCCCUUUGCACAGACGUAUUUAAAAGGCUGUAGUAUAGUUAAAGCCAUGGUUUUCCUGGUAGUGAUGUAUGGAAGUGAGAGCUGGACCAUAAAGAAGGCUGAUCGCCGAAGAAUUGAUGCUUUUGAAUUAUGGUGCUGGAGGAGACUCUUGAGAGUCCCAUGGACUGCAAGAAGAUCAAACCUCUCCAUUCUGAAGGAAAUCAGCCCUGAGUGCUCACUGGAAGGACAGAUCCUGAAGCUGAGGCUCCAAUACUUUGGCCACCUCAUGAGAAGAGAAGACUCCCUGGAAAAGACCCUGAUGUUGGGAAAGAUUGAGGGCACAAGGAGAAGGGGAAGACAGAGGACGAGAUGGUUGGACAGUGUUCUCGAAGCUACAAAUAUGAGUCUGACCAAACUGCGGGAGGCAGUGGAAGACAGGCGUGCCUGGCGUGCUCUGGUCCUUGGGGUCACGAAGAGUUGGACACGACUAAACGACUAAACAACAACAUGUUAAUCAGCCAAAGGUGUGAUUGAGGAGGAACAUUUUUGCCUAAAGAUGUAGGCACCAGAUGAACCUCCACAAGUAGGGGGCCACUGCAGAAAUGGCCCACUUGUGUUUGUCACCCUCCAGAUCUCACAUGGAGGAGGCACAUGAAGAAAGACCUCAGAUGAUGAAUGGGUAGAUUUAUAUGGGGAGAGGCAGUCCUUGAGGUACUGCUGUCCUGAGCCAUAUUGCGGGUUGUAGAAUACCUUCCCCUUUGAGGUAUAGCUUGUGCAGACUCUCUUGUUCCUGCAUUUGGUUGUUGAUACACUUUUGGAAAUGUUUAGACAUUAAAGAUGGCUAUUAGCUGGUGUUAAAAGAGAAGAUAGUAUGUAUGUCAGGUGCUUCUUGUGAAUUUCCCAGGGUGUUUGACUUGUCAUUGUUGGAAGCAAUGUACUGACCUAGAUGAGCCUUUGGUCUGAUACCAGCAAGACCAGUUUGUUUUUAAAAUCAAAAUCAAAUGGACCUGUUGGAGUUGGUGGCUUUUGUGUGAUAAUGAAUCCUCUGAGCAGUUGUUCCUAAACUCCACCCCCCCUCCAUAUGAACUACAGUGGUACCUCUGGUUAUGUCCGCUUCAUGUUACUGUUGUAAACAAAAAUUGCCCUUUUCCCUUCUUAGGGAAAAGGGCAAUUUUUGUUUACAACAUUACGUUCUUUCAGGUUAUGUCCCGCAGCGACCCUGAAGUACCGGAAAGGGUUACUUCUGGGUUUCGCCGUGUGCACAGAUGCACAAAAUGACGUCAUGCGCAGAAGUGGCAAAUUGCGACCCAUGUGUGCGCAGACGCGCCGCUGCGGGUUGCGUUAUUUUCAUGUUGCCAACGGGCCUCCAGAAUGGAUUCUGUUCGCAACCAGAGGUACCACUGUACUUAAAAAUUGUUGGUCUCUUGAUAGACCACUUAGGGCUGGAUUCAGCUUCCCUGUUCAGCUAGAAGCAGCCAAUUUUUAGUGCUUCUUUUUUAUUCUGUUUUAUCGUAUUACAAUUUUCAUUCCAUAAAAUUAAAAUUAUAGUUCAAUAAAAGACAAUAUAAUUAAUUAAAAACAAUAAAAAUGCAAUUAAAAAUUAAUAUGAAUAUUUAGCGUGGACCAUUUGAAUGAAGCUCACGGACCACAUUUUGGUAACCCUGCUUUAGAGCAGAAGGUGGGUUAUUGUAUCACAAUCAAUUCUACGUUCUGCUCAUCUUGCUACAUAGCUAGUUCUUCUAUUGUUUUAUUUUGUUUGUUUCAUAGGAAAAUGCAAAUAGGACUGUGUUUCGUAUGCUUGAUAAAGUACUUGCAGCAGAACUCAUUCCAGCUACCUUAGAGAAGUAUAUUGAACCAUACAUGCACCAUCAUAAUCUGGAGAAAGAUGAAAUUCUAUUGCAGUACAUAAAGGUAUGCUCUUUUCUCUAUUCAAGAUCAAUACAAAAUCUUUUCUGAGUAUUAAAUAACUAAAGACUUUAUUUCCCUCUACAGGGAGCCAGGUGCUUCUUUUCUUAGGUAGAAAAGUAUGAAUUUACAAAGAACUAGGCUAAUUUGCAUAAUAUUCAGCAUUUAAAUACUUCAUUUUUUUCUCACCAGUCUGAUGUAUUCUAAAUUUUCUGUUUGGGACAAUGCUGUUUGGAUUCAAGGAAGAGUAGCUUCUUGGUAUGGUAUGGGCAAGCACUCCAAGACUGCUCUUUAGAGUGCUCUCCCGUGAUUUAUUCCACUUGUGUAGCCCUGGGAGUUCCAUGGGUGUAGGUUGCUGGGUUGAGACAGUGUGAUAAUGUGUGUCAGACCUGGAAAAGGAUUUGUUGUCUACUCUGGAGUUCACCUGGGCAAGUCUUGCCGAAAUACCUGCUUGACUGUGAAGCUUAAAGCAAAUGGAGAAAAAUAUAAAGAGAUUAAAUGAGAUUGCCACAGUGAAGAAUCCUCAUGGCUUGGUGUGCAGGAGGCAACAGAGUAGUGGCAGAAAGAGGAGGAAGUCCCCUAUUUGGAAGCCUCCUUCUGUUGUCAACAAAAAUCUGCCCUUUUUUCCCUAAUGGGGUAUCCAAGAGCCCAUAUAGAGUCCUUACGUAGGUUUCCUAUUGGUAGGAGAAAAUAACAGAGGCCAACCAGAGAAUAUUGAGAAGCAAAGCAGCUAGUAAGCCUGAUCUUUAUUGAUCUGUUGCAACAGGGUCCUCUCUCACCACACGCAGGAGGGAGGAGGAACCCAGAACAGAAGUGUGCCUUCCCUUAUAUAGACAUUUUAAAUUCCCUCCCUGGAGUCCAAGACCACCCCUCCAUACAGCAUACAUACAUCACAGAAAGGGCGGUCUACAGUAGAAAUCUGAGUGAUUUGUUUACCUCCUGUCUGCCAGGUUACCUGUUUAAUGGUCACUUGGUUGGAUUGCCUGGGGAGCCUGGCCGGUCUUUUGUAAUGAUAAAUACUUAGUUUCUGAGCCAGGUCACAGGCUCACACCCUAUUCAUAUCUUAAAUGUGCCCUUAAGACAAGAUUUGUGAGGAAAGAGACAAUGGGGAGGUUUCCCACUUUGACCUUGCAGAGAAAUAAUUGAGGUCCAUUUGUUCAGGACUUUUUUCUGUGGGGUUUUCAGACAUGUGGUUUAUAUAUUUAUGUACAUAUAAAUAUAAAUUUAUAUAUAUUUAUGUACGUAUAAAUAAAUAUUUAUGUAGAAAGACUGUCUAUACAGCCUAACUGUAUUGGCUUGUAGCUGUAAAUAAUUUCCUGUGCAGUCUAGAGCUGGGGGAUUUUUCAAUUUAGUGUCUGAAACUAGUAUGACAUUCAGAUCCUGAUAUCAAUUUCAGACUUUUUGAGCUGGCAAUACAUCACAGCUCCCCAGCCACCACUGUUGUAAACAAAAAAUUGCCCUUUUCCUUUAUGCAUAUCCAAGAGCCCAUAUAGAGUCCUUACAUAGGUUCCCUAUUGGUAGGAGAAAAUAACAGAGGCCAACCAGAGAAUAUUGAGAAGCAAAGCAGCUAGUAAGCUUGAUCUUUAUUGAUCUGUUGCAACAGGGUGCUCCCCUCACUCGCAGGAAAGGAGGAGGACCCAGAAAAAUGGUGUGCCAGGCCUUAUAAAGACUUUUGAAAUUGCCAUCCUGUAGAUCAAGACCACCCCCAGAAACAUCAUACAUACAUCAUAGAAAAGGUGGUCUAAACAGAAAUUUAAAUGUUGUUUAUAUCUUGUCCUUGUUUAUCUCCUGUCUGGCAGGUUACUUGAUUGGAUUUCCUGGGUAGCCUGGCUAGUCUUUUGUAGUGAUAAAUACUGAGUUCCUGGGCUAGGUCACAGGCUCACACCCUAUUCAAACACAGACAGGAUUUGUGAAGGAAAAGACAAUGGGGAGGCUUUUCCAUUUUGACCUUGCAGAGAAAAGAUUUGGUCAGUUUAGGAAUCAAAAUGGUUCCAGGUUGGCCUUCCUGUGCUGAUCUAUGUAUGUGUUUGGUUGGUACACUUAUGAACAUUACCAUAUAUCUAAGACCAUAAAAUUCCUAUUGCGGGCACACGCGCUAAACCCUGUCUGUGGUGCCUACCCCUUUUCCCAAAUGAUAACACAAGAGAUCAGAGUAUGGGUUCAAAUUGGCCACAACUUUAUUGAACUUCAGAAGUGGGAAACUUGGCACAGGCCUUGGCAGGUAACCCUCUCAGCCCGCCUGGCUGAGGAUAUGCAGGCAGUUGAGGCCCAGUGAGAGGGGACUGCAAAGCGCAAACUUACACAGCAUGCCCUUCCACUGACCUCGUCUGGGGAGUUUGACCUACAUGCCGCCGCUCUAGGGCCAGGGACUCCCGGUUUGCCCUUUAACGGGCCCUGCACGCGCCGCCGCAUGGGGAGGGAGCAUGAAUGCACCCCCCCAACUUGAUGUUAGACUAAAGGCUACCUUGCCAAGGCCUAAAACCGCCAAAGUUGUGACGAAAUUGCUACGGGGAAGGCGAAACCUGCCAAUGCAGGGAAAAUUCCUUCCCGGUUCUGAAUACAGCAACCAUCUUACGACCGCAGCAGCGCCCGCUGACCUGGAACGCAAAAUAUUAGCCUGUAAAGAAGAAAUCGUUAAAUUGAAGAACGCCAACCUAAGCUGAAAUAUUAAUUGAGGGAGGGUGGGUGGGUGAUCCCAGAAGGAAGAACAGCAAAAGAGGCUUGAGCUCAGGGGUCAGCCUCUUUUCUUUUGGCCUUAGGUCCACCCCCGGCCGGCCGUCCAUUGUCCUCCCUGGCCGAGGGCGGGUCAAAGGCCAGCUCAAGCAGGUGGGUGGCACCCGCCCAGGUGAGCCUCGCUUGGUGCCGCAAACCCCGCCCACCUGUGGGGAAGGGACGGCGGAUAUUACACCACCAGUACAACACAUUUCACUCUUGCCUGCUUGUCUGCCUGCCUGCGGAGCCGUGUAUUGCUAGCACAAACUGCUUGCUCUCUUAUCUGCCUGGCUGGCUGCAUGUUUGUCUCCAUGUGAGCAAAUGGGGUGGGUGGCUGGUCUCUUUCCUCCCCAGCGAUCCACAGGGAGGAAAAAGAUCAGCUAUCUCACUUGCUUGUGAGAAGGCAAACAGGCAGCCAGGCAGGCAACCAGAGCUGCCUAAGCAGUUGGUCUUGCACAACUGGGAGCCUUCCUGCCUCCCAGCUGAGCUGUUUAAGGAAGCCCCAACAACCCUACCACCUUGGCUUCCAUGAGCUGGAGAGGUAUGGCAAGGGGGCUUGCUCAUCUGAAGGGCUGGGCAAUUUAUCUGGCUGCUUCUUCCUCCCCUAAGGUGGGGAGGAAGAAGCAGCCAGAUACAAUUCAGACAUUGUGAUAUAUCAGUAUACCGUGGUAUUUAGCUGCUGAUGUAUCAUGAUGCUGAAAACCAUCCAUCGCCCAGCCCUAGUACAGUCUUCAACAAAUACACAGCCCUAUGUUUAGUACUUGGUUUCUUUUUAAAUUUGUUUUGUAAUAAUUGCAUUGUUUAAAUCCUUGUAUUGUAAACUGUGGUGUAAUUUUAUUUACAGUGGAAAGUGUUGGUUCUAGGAAAAAUAGGUAUAAAGGAGAUCCAAGUUUGGGGCAAGUACUCUUCGGUGAGAGAACCCCAGCAGAGAGUCAAAAAUCACAAAAUAUGCAGCAAAGUAAAAUGUGGAAAUUUAGGCUCUUAGACCUUUAAAAUAUGCCCUUCCAAGUUCUUUCCGGAGUUUCCCUCUUCCUUACCUUGGUCUUCUCCCCUUUUUGAAAAUGGGGACAAGACUUGCCCGCCUCCAGUCUGCAGGGACCUCACCUGUUCUCCAAGAAUUCUCAAAGAUUAUAGACAGAGGCUCUGUGAGUACAUCAGCAAGCUCCUUUAGCAUCCUUGGGUGCAGCUCAUCAGGCCCUGGAGAUCUGAGUUCAUUUAAAGUAGCCAGGUGUUCCCUUACUACUUUUCGUAUCUUGGGCUGCAGCUCCCUCCUUGCAUUGUUUAUUCUGUUACCACCAGGUUGGGCACUGCUUUCCUUUGGGGUAAAGACAGAGGCAAAGUCUGUGUUAAGCAUUUCCACUUUCUCUCUGUCACCCAGUAGUAUUUCUCUGUCUUCUCUCAAGAGGCUUACUACUUGCAUGUUCUUCCUCUUGCUUAGAAAUAGCCAAAGAAACCUUUCAUUAUUAUUUUUAAUCUCUCUUUCAAGCCUGAUUUCAUUCUGAGGUUUUGCCCACCUGACAUUAUCCCUGCAACAGUUGACAACUGAUUUCUCCUUUCUUCCAUUUUUAUAAAUGCCCAUUCUUACAUACUCAGCUCAUCUGUAAGUUCCUUAUGCAGACACACUGGUUUCUUUAGGUGCCUCCCACUUUUCUUUCUUUUUGGAAUUGUCUGCCUUUGUGCUUUCAAUAUUUCACCUUUAAGAAGCUUCCAUUCACCUUGGAAUCCCUUCCCUUUGAGAAUUUCUAACCGUGGGACUUCAACCAGUAGUUCCUUAAGCAUUUUGAAAUUAUCCUUCCUAAAGUCCAGAGUGCAUGUCUGACUAUACUCAGCUUUCCCUUGCCUUUGUAUCAUGAAACCCAAGAGGACAUGAUCACUUCCUCCCAAGAUUCCCUGUACUUCUACGUUGUCAAUCAGUUCCUCCCUGUGGUGAGGAACAGGUCCAGGAGAGAUGACCCCCUUGUUGCUACUUCCAUGAAAUGAAAUUGUCAUUGAGGCAAUUGAAAAAUUUAUUGGACCUUACAGUUCCAAGAGAUAUUGGGGUAGUUUAUGUCUCCCAUGACUACUAUAGCUCUCCUUUUUGAAUGUUUGUUAAUCUGCUGUAGGAAGGCAUCAUUCAAGUCCUCAGUCUGGCUUGGAGGUCUGUAGCAGCACCCACAGCAAGGCCACUUGCUGUUUCCCUAUUCUACAGUUUUUACCCAUAUACUCUCAAUCUUCCAUGUUCCAAGUCCUGGAUCUCUUCACAAGUGUACAUUUCCUCCUUCUCCUUCUCCCUUCCUGCUUGAUCUAUUUCUUUUGAGCAGGUUGUACCCCUCAAUUUCUUCCUGUCUUCUUACCAGAUUGCAGUAACACCUUUUCCGAGGUGUGUGUAGGACUGUAGUCUAAAAACUGCAUAGGAAUUACACUAAUGAAUGGCAUCUAUUUUUAAAAAGGUUGAUUUUUAAUACUUUUGAAAUACUUUUGCCACAACAUUUUCAAAACUUUCUUAAAAUACUCUUUAGGACUUCCUGGAGCGGUAUUGUAAACAGUCGACCUCUGUCUUUGACACUACGUGGGAAGCAAAGGCCAUCGCUGUCUUGAGCUGCAUGUCCAACAUAGAUGUGAGUAGGACAAGUGUGCCAAUGUUCCAAUGAUCCCUCUUUUCAUAUUGAAAUGCAUGCGGGAUGAGAAACGCCUCUGGUUUGGAAAGAAGAGGCCAGUGGCACAUAAGUCAUAGAAAUUUUCUUUUAUAGUUGAUCUUUGAAGGCGUGCUAGCAGUAACAUACAGUGCUGUGGUUCCUUGGAAUCCAGGAGUGGAACAGCUGGUUCAACAGUACCUGGACAUGGACCAUGACAAGUAAGAGAACAAACACAUAUGUACCUCUUAGCCUUUAAACACAAGGGGUAGCAAACAUGAUGCCCUCUGCAACUCCCAUUGUCCUUUGGUCUUGACUAAGCUGGAUGGGGCUUGUGAGAGUUAUGUAGUCCACAGGAUCUGAAGACCACCAAGUUGGCUACUUCUGCUCUAACACUUAGUGACUUCAGGAAUUGUUCCUUGUUUGUUUGACUUAACUGCUCACUUUUCUCUUUGUUAAAGUUUGAAGACUGUAUAACAUUAAAAUAAUGACUUACUGUGGUUGGAUAGUCAGUGGGCCAGCAUUGAUGGUUUGGGCCUCUUGAAGCCUCUCAUAGCAUUGGACUGCCAGAUACCCAACUGGGUCAUUAUAUUAAAUUUCACUCAGUGCCCCCUUUGGGUAAACAGUAUUAUAGUGCUGUUUAAAACACCUGCAAAUGCAUAAGAAUCUUUCACGCAUGAGCUGUCUUUCGUGGUGAGAAUGGCAUUGUGAUUGGCUAGCCCUGUGUGUCAAGGGGCCCUACUAAUGUACACAUGGGGAGUUUCUUAAGGGGAUUCCUGGGAUCAAUCAGGAGCCCCCCCGCCUAAGGAGGAGCACUACAUUCAUACAUCAGUAAACAGGCAAUAUCUUUUUUCUAUUGUCAGUCCAUUAGUCCAUCCAGCUAGUAUUGUCUCCACUUACUAGCUGAGUUCUCUCCAAGCCCUGAUGCCAUUAGGGAUACACUAGGGAUGCCAUGCCUAAAUGUGGGGCCUCCUGCGUGCAAAACAUGUCCUCUCUCACUAAGCUGUGGGCCCUCACUGAAGAGCUCACAUACUCUUCUUGCUCUCAGAUGCCCAACUGGUUUAGUAUCUUCAUGCUUGCUCUCCCAGGACUGAACUUUUAAUUGGGUGGGGAGGGAAUUGAAUUUAAAUCCUGUCCCUGAAUGUUGGUAGAACAGAAGCCAUUUGGACUUACUUUUCCCCAUGUCUUACACAGCUUAGCUGUGCAAAGACAGGAGUGAGAGGCUGCCAGAGCAGCCUUAGGUUUUAGCUGUAAUUCAUAUGGGUAAUUUUGUGCCAUUAUACAGGAGUGUUGAAGUUCAGGACAAGAGAGCAAAUGUGGUCUACCAGGCCUUGUGGUUCUCUCCAGACUAUACACUCACGAACUUUUGCCUAGUGGAAAUGAGAGAUGGCCAGAGGGAGAGUGCAGAAGCCCCCAACUUUUGCAUGGCAAAUUGUUGCAUAGCUAAUUGUCAUUGCAGGCAUUUGCUCUGCCCUGGCCCUGCCCAUUGGUGGCAUAUGGUCUCAUGAAGUAUGCCCAUGCGAAAUGGUUCCCUGUCCUGGCACUGUUGUGAUUCAUUUAUUUGUGAGAGGUGGAGGGAGGAUGGCUUAAGCUGCAAGUGGGACAGAAAUAUAUGGGGUUGGCCCCCUUGGGGAAUGUUCUAGCUGCUUUGGCACAAACUUUUGUUUGGUAUUUCUGCAACUGAAACAGGUUAUUAGAUUGGUCUGCCAAUUUGUCAGAAGCUGAAAUGUAAGUGCAGGCACACUUUAUCUGCAGGGUGAAGCUUCUGCAAGAAGGUUAUAGGCUGAUGGAAAUGAAGAAACUUUUGCGGAGCUAUGGUAUAAGAGACACCAAUCUUUUAAAUGAUAAACAAGUAAUGAUGGUAAGUGGGGUCCUUUUUUUGGUAAAAUGUACAGAAACAAGUCCCAAUCAUUUGAGUUGAAGAAUGCUGUCAUUGUUUGCAAGAUUGCAGCCUUUGUUAAUAUGCCAAUUUUGGUUUAUGCAUAUUAAAAUUUAACUUUAUAUGCAAGAUACUAUGUUCCGUGAUGAAUAUAUUAUGUCAGGCUUCCUCAACCUUGGCCCUCCAGAUGUUUUUAAAACUACAAUUCCUAUCAUCCCUGACCACUGGUCCCGCUAGCUACAACUCAUGGGAGUUGUAGGCCAAAAGCACCUGGAGGGCCGAGGUUGCGGAAGCCUGUAUUAUGUAUUAUAGUGUACUGAUUUGUGUCUUUUUCCAGAUGCUGGUAAAGUACAUUCUACAACAAGACUCAAAUACUUCUUUAGAAGAUGCUUUGAAAAUAGUAAAUGCAUAUAUGUUGCCCACUGCAGAUGUCUAUGUCUGGAGGAUUGUGGAACUUAUUGAUAAAGAAAAGGUGUGAACAUACUCAUUCUUUACAUUUUUUUCUUUAAAUAUCCAAACUGUCCAUUAGAAAUACUUCAUAUUUAAUUAUAUUAGGUUACGUGCUCUACAGCAGCUAGCUGUUCUACAACUAGCAACUAUUGUAGAAAUAAUUCACAUAAUUAACACAAUCUUACUUAGUGGUCCAUAGCUCAGUGGUAGAGCACAGGUUUGAUCCCUGAUAUCUCCAAAUAGGAUCUAAAGCCCCAUAUUGCCAAUCGGUAUAGACAGUACUGAACCAGAUAGACCAAAGAGCUGACUUAAUAUAAGGCAGCUGCCAAUGUAUCUGGAUCUAACUUAACUAGAAUUUAACUAGUGCCACAUUGCCAAAGGGGUCUCCAGAUGUGUUUUUUGAACAGUAGAUCUCUGUGCCCCACGGCAAGCUGUUUGUGAACUGAACAUAGAAUUAAUACACUUUAUGUAUGCUUUCAGGGGGAUGAUAUUAUAAGUUUAUUAAAAACACUGCCUCCUGCUGAAGCUGUGGAAAUUGCAGAUAAAAUGUUGAUAUGGGGAAGACUGACAUUAGAGAAAGAAACAGAUGACUCUGAAGAAAAGGUAACUUCCAUGAAACUGACUGCUGCUGAUAAUGUGUAAGUUAUCCCCCAAGAGAGGUCAAACAAACAUAGAAUCAUAGAGUUGGAAGAGACCACAAGGGCCAUCGAGUCCAACCCCCUGCCAAGCAGGAAACACCAUCAGAGCACUCCUGACAUAUGGUUGUCAAGCCUCUGCUUAAAGACCUCCAAAGAAGGAGACUCCACCACACUCCUUGGCAGCAAAUUCCACUGUCGAACAGCUCUUACUGUCAGGAAGUUCUUCCUAAUGUUUAGGUGGCAUCUUCUUUCUUGUAGUUUGGAUCCACUGCUCCGUGUCCGCUUCUCUGGAGCAGCAGAAAACAACCUUUCUCCCUCCUCUAUGUGAGAUCCUUUUAUAUAUUUGAACAUGGCUAUCAUAUCACCCCUUAACCUCCUCUUCUCCAGGCUAAACAUGCCCAGCUCCCUUAGCCGUUCCUCAUAAGGCAUCGUUUCCAGGCCUUUGACCAUUUUGGUUGCUCUCCUCUGGACACGUUCCAGUUUGUCAGUGUCCUUCUUGAACUGUGGUGCCCAGAACUGGACACAGUACUCCAGGUGAGGUCUGACCAGAGCAGAAUACAGUGGCACUAUGACUUCCCUUGAUCUAGAUGCUAUACUCCUAUUGAUGCAGCCCAGAAUUGCAUUGCCUUUUUUAGCUGCCACAUCACACUGUUGGCUCAUGUCAAGUUUGUGGUCAACCAAGACUCCUAGAUCCUUUUCACAUGUACUGCUCUCAAGCCAGGUGUCCCCCAUCUUGUAUUUGUGCCUCUCAUUUUUUUUGCCCAAGUGCAAUACUUUACAUUUCUCCCUGUUAAAAUUCAUCUUGUUUGUUUUGGCCCAGUUCUCUAAUCUGUCAAGGUCGUUUUGAAGUGUGAUCCUGUCCUCUGGGGUGUUAGCCCCCCCUCCCAGUUUGGUGUCAUCUGCAAAUUUGAUCAGGAUGCCCUUGAGUCCAUCAUCCAAGUCGUUGAUAAAGAUGUUGAAUAAGACCAGGCCCAAGACAGAACCCUGUGGCACUCCACUAGUCACUCUUCUCCAGGAUGAAGAGGAACCAUUGAUGAGCACCCUUUGGGUUCGGUCAGUCAGCCAGUUACAAAUCCACUGAGCGGUAGCAUAGUCCAGACCGCAUUUUACCAGCUUCUUUACAAGAAUAUCAUGGGGCACCUUGUCAAAUGCCUUGCUGAAAUCUAGGUAGGCUACAUCCACUGCGUUCCCUUCAUCUACCAGGCUUGUAAUUCUGUCAAAAAACGAGAUCAGGUUAGUCUGACAUGACUUAUUUUUCAGAAAUCCAUGCUGAAUAUUGGUGAUCACAGCAUUCCUUUCUAGGUGCUCACAGACUGUUUGCUUAAUGAUCUGCUCCAGAAUCUUCCCUGGUAUUGAUGUCAGACUGACUGGGCGGUAAUUAUUUGGGUCCUCUCUUUCUCCCUUUUUGAAAAUAGGGACAACAUUUGCCCUCCUCCAGUCUGCCGGGACUUCGCCUGUUCUCCAGGAAUUCUCAAAGAUGACUGCCAGUGGUUCUGAGAUCACAUCUGCCAGUUCUUUUAAUACUCUUGGAUGCAGUUCAUCUGGCCCUGGAGACCUGAAUACAUCUAGACUAGCCAAGAAGGCAAAGAAGGCAUUGAGGAGUUCAGCCCUUUCUGUGUCCCCUGUUUGCAUUUCACCAUCUUCUCCUCUGAGUGACCCCACUGUUUCUUUGUUCUUCCUUUUGCUACGAACAUACCCAUAAAAGCCUUUUUUGUUGCUUUUAACCUCUCUAGCAAGCCUGAGUUCAUUCUGUGCUUAGCUUUUCUGACUUUGUGUCUACACGUGCUGGCUAUUUGUUUGAAUUCCUCUUUGGUGGUUUCCCCCCUUUUCCAUUUUUUGUACACAUCCUUUUUUUAAUCUUAACUCAGUUAAAAGUUCUUUAGAUAGCCACCCUGGCUUCUUUAGGCACCUUCCAUGUUUCCGUCUCAUUGGUAUUGCCUGAAGUUGUGCUUUUAGUAUCUCCCUCUUAACAAACUCCCAGCCAUCAUGAACUCCCUUUCCUUUUAAUAUUACUGUCCAUGGGAUCUCACCCAGCACUUCCCUAAGUUUUAUGAAGUCGGCUUUCUUAAAGUCAAGAAAUUGAGUCCUAGUAUGCUUGGCUGCUCCUUUCCGCUGUAUAGUAAACUUCAGAAGAGCAUGAUCACUCGUGCCUAAUGAUCCUUCCACUUCUACCCCACUAACCAGGUCAUCAACAUUGGUUAGGACCAGAUCUAAAAUGGCUGUUCCUCUUGUUGCUUCUCCCACUUUCUGGACAAUGAAGUUGUCUGCAAGGCCAGUGAGGAAUCUGUUUGACCUUAUGCUCUUGGCUGAGUUUGACAUCCAACAAAUAUCCGGGUAAUUGAAGUCCCCCAUUACUACUAUCUCCCUUCCUUUUGCAUGCUUGGCCAUCUGUUCCAGGAAGGCAUCAUCUAUGUCCUCCGUUUGGCUUGGGGAUCUAUAGUAAACUCCCACAAUGAGGUCACUGUUAUUCUUCUCUCCCUUGAUUUUGACCCAAAUGCUCUCACUUUGGCUUUGAGGUUCUAAAUCUUGGAUCUCUUCACAGGUAUACACAUCCCUGACAUAUAACGCCACUCCUCCUCCUUUCUUGUCUGGUCUGUUUCUCUGAAAUAGAUUGUAUCCCUCCAUUAUUACAUUCCAAUCAUGGGACUUAUCCCACCAGGUUUCAGUGAUGCCUAUUAUGUCAUAUUUAGUUUGCUGUACCAAGAGCUCAAGCUCAUCUUGUUUAUUUCCCAUGCUUUGCGCAUUAGUGUACAGACAUUGAAGUCCAUUAAUCAUUCCCCCGUGUCUCUUAUUUAAGGAUUUUUUUCCUCCCACCACUAGGUCUGCGUGUUGUUUGAUCCAUUUGGUCUAUGACAUUUGGAUGAUCAUCUUCAUCAAUUGAUAGACUCCUACCUUCAGGAGCACUGUCUCCCUCCCCCACAUUAGUCAGUUUAAAGCCCUCCUGAUGAGGUUUCUGAGAUUUUUGGCAAAGACAUUCCUCCCAACCGUUGUGAGGUGCAGCCCAUCGCUUGCCAGAAGUCCAUCUUCAAGAAACUGCAGUCCGUGAUCUAAGAAUCCAAACCGUUCCUGUUUACACCAUUUGCGAAGCCAGCUGUUCACUUCCACUAUUUUUCCUCUCUCCCUGGGCCACGUUGUUCAACUGGGAGGACAGAUGAGAUGACAAUUUGUGCAUUUAAUUGCUUCAAUUUCCUGCCCAGAGGCUCGUAGUCUCUUUUGAUCUUCUGGAGGCUAUUGCUUGCAGUGUCAUUGGUUCCCACAUGAACCAAGAGGAAGGGGUAUUUGUCAGUGGGUUUUAUGAUUCCUUGCAGUCGUUCAGUUACAUCUUGGAUCUUAGCCCCGGGGAGACAGCACACUUCCCGAGACAUCUUGUCAGGCCCACAGAUCAGUGCUUCUGUUCCCCUCAGUAGGGAAUCCCCUAUCACCACUACACGCCUCCUCUUAGGUUUGGUCGGGGUUCUUCUGUGAACUGUCUGUUCCAAGGUCGCCUGCACAUUCCCUGAGGACUGACUUUGCUGCUCGUCUUCAUAUACCUGAUCGACUGUAAUGAGGGAGAGAUCCUCAAAUGGAGUCUGCUCUUCGUCUUCCAUGCUAGGGGAGAGGACCUCAAAGUGAUUGUGUAUUUCUAAACAAUCAGAGCGAACCCUGGGCCUCCUACUUCUUUGAGUCACGUUUCUCCAUAUAUCUGGCUCCUGUGUUGGUGAACUAGCCUCCUUCUCAGGGGAGUCCCCUGUCUCCUCCUUGGUGGAGACGGUGUGCUCUGUUGCUUCCAAGAAGAGCUCCAGCUCUCUAAUUCUUUGGAGCGUAGCUACACGUUCCUCCAGUUGCUGGACUUUGUCUUUUAAGAGGGCAAUCAACAUGCAAUUGCUGCAGGUAAAGCUGCCUGCAACCUUUGGCAAGAUGGCAUACAUUGCGCAGGAACCACAGGCGACUGCAGCUGUUCCCUCCCCCUCCAUCUUGAGAACGUGUCGUUGGGGGUGGCUACAGUGGUCCUCCAUCAUAAAAGCGUGAAGACAGGACAAAUAACUCCCCCACCAAAAACCUAGGUCUCCCCAACAAACGUUUGAGAGUAGCUCCCUAAAUCUAAAAGAUGGAUCAAACUGCGCGCGCGCUGCCCUGCAAGCUCUGAUAAGCUCCUCCCACAGAUAUUCACCUGCCUCACCAUAAUCCCUUCGCCCCUCUGACCUUUGCACAGGGAGAGCAGCUAAUCAGCCACAAAGAAACACACACACACAAGAAAACCCUUUUGCUCCUUCUUCAACUGCUGCCCUGCAAUCUCUGAUAAGCUCCUCCCACAGCUAAUCACCUGCCUCAACAGAAACCCUGCCCCCUCUGACCUUUGCACAGGGAGAGCAGCCAAUCAGCCACAAAGAAACACACACACACAAGAAAACCCUUUUUGCUCCUUCAACUGCUGCCCUGCAAGCUCUGAUAAGCUCCUCCCACAGCUAAUCACCUGCCUCAACAGAAACCCUGCCCCCUCUGACCUUUGCACAGGGAGAGCAGCUAAUCAGCCACAUGUUCCCUGUUAAAAGCACAAUUCUGCUCUCAAAUGUUAACAGUAAAAUCUUGCUCUUUGAGGUUGAUGGGAGUGUUCUCACAUUUUCUUUUUCCUGUCCCCUUUCCACUGUCAACAGAAAAUGCAGCUGUAUAUUAAAAAAAUUCUUGGGGAGAUCCUUGAAUUCCUACUUGGUUGUUGUCAGAAAGGUAAAUCUUGCAUUUAUUGUGUUUUAGGUUUUGUAAUAAACCAUCCAAUAACCACUCUUAUUCACUCCAACCCACUCUUUUUUUUGGACAGAAAAUAUUUUGAAAAAAGAGGAAUAUGAAACAAACUUUAAAUUGUUUAAAACUCUUUCAGCCUUACAGGUAAGGAUCAUAAGGCAUUGAAUUUUUUUAAUGUGCUUUCUAGGUUGAGGUGAAUGUAAUUAUUUAGAGGGAAAAUAUAGUCAUGUAUGUGUAUUUCUUUAAAAUACCCACAUUCAUCAUUCACAUAUAUGUGAAUUCAUCAUUUUCAUAUAUAUGUAUAUGAUCAGUGCUUUUUUUCUAGAAAAAUAGGUGCUGAUACUCACCAUGAAGUUUUUCCAGUAAGUGCCACACUUUUAACAGCCAAAAAAAGAGGUGGUGGUACUGCGUACCCUUGAGUCCCCCCUUGGGGAAAAUCACUGAAUAUGAUUGAACCAAACCUCUUCAUUUUCUAACCUGAGGGGUUUGGGGAAUGGCAUUGCUCAGUAGUAAGAUUGCAAGCUUCCAUGGACAUGGUUCCGGGUUCAACCUCCAGUACUUCACUAAAGCAGGGAUGAGGAACCUGUGGCCCUCCAGAUGUUGCUGGACUACAGUUCCCAUCUUCCCUGACCAUUGGACAUCUUGGGUGGGGCUGGAAGAAAUUGGUGUCCUACAACAUCUGCAGUGCCACAGGCUCCUCAUCAAGGAGUCAAAGCAUCUCUGAUAGCAGGGCUUGGGGGGGGCAUACUUGGAGAAUCACUGCUAGUUCCAUGAGAGUCAGAACUGGAUUUGAUGGAGCUCUAUUCUGCACACUAUGAGGUGGCUCAUUUAUUUUCUCAGUGGAGUGUGUACAUUUCAUCACCUAUGAAUGAACUUGAGUGCAAGUAUGUGUUUAGCACUGUAAAUAAACACAGUUUCUAUGGGGGCGAAGCUGGAUGUGAAGCUACGCAAUUCUAUUAUUUUCAUAUUUUUCCUUUCACCCUCUUAUUUUAUCUUUUUGUUUAGGAGAAUUUUAAUACCUGUACUUUGGUCGGAGGUCAUUGGAAUCAAUUAUUAGUAUCUCAGCUCCUUGAGAAAACUGAAGGAAAAGCGUCCAGUUUACAAGAUAUCAGCAUGAAGAAACAGUUGUCCCAUGUGAAGCUUGACAAACUGGCUUUGCUUCUGCAGAGGAGCAAGCAUGAGAUGGCCUUAGAACUGGUUCUGAGAGCAUUAGAUGCUGGAAAAGUUGAAGAGGCACUAAAUAUAUGCAGGUUUAAAAAAUACAUUUGGGCUUAGCCAUUACCAGUCACUGUGCAAUCUGGAGUUUUGCAUGCUAUAUUAACUAACUAUAUUUAUUUGAGGUUAUUUUUUGACAUCUUAUGUCUGUUUGUACUCAUCUUAAUCCUUUCCUUUAAAAUUUUGUCCUUAAAGAGAUUUUCAUGAAGAUCAACCUAAUGAACAAACAGGACAGUUGCUGUUCUUAGCAUGUCAAAAACUUUGUCAUAUGCUGGGUUCUAGUACUCUGAUGGUUAUGCCAAAAGGAUUAAAUCUUCCAGCUGUGGUCAAUGAAAUGGCAUGUCAAGCAGUUACUAUUUGCAGUCCAGGUAAUGAAUAACUUCACAUGUUGUUAUCUUCUGAAAAAAAAUAUGGUUUCUUCCAUUCAUUUUUACAUUAAAUGAGUAAGAGUUCUUAAAAAUUGUUUGAGCUCUUGUAUUUUUUUUUUAAAGGUAAAAUAUAUUUAAAACAUUCACACUCUCUUCACAGAUCUGAUCUUAGAUGCAUUGGAGCUUUGCAAAUACACCUCAUUUGCCCUUGAAAUUUAUGGAAAGUGCCAAAUUGAGGACUAUGGAUUUAUAUCAAAAGUGGUAAUGCAGAAUAAAGUAUUUGCUGUUCAUGGUAUCUUGCUCUUCAGUUUAAUAAUCAAAGUUGUCCCUGUUGUACUAAAAUAAAAGCGGUAAGGAUGUGUUUGGAUGCUUUGUAUAGCAAUAUUUGAAUACAUGAUAUUUCACACAACUUUUCCCUUUUCUUGCGAGGAAUCCUAUUCGGAAUAAGGUAAUUUCCCUUAAGAAAAGGGAAACGUUGACAGCUAUGCACAGGACAGGGUCUUACCCCAAGGACUUUCAGUAGAAACAACAGACGCAGGAGUAAACAGGAGGAGAAUAUGGAUUCCCACUUAACAAUUUUCAGCUGUGUGUUUGUGUGCUCAGAGCCCCACCCAUUUAUAACCUUAUGAACAAGAGCCAAGCGCAGGUGUUUACACACACUGGUCUGAUUCCUUUUUGUCUGUUCCCCCUUCCACCUUGGGAGGGACAGUUAAGGACCCAGCAAGAUAUCUGUGCCCUCCCUACUUCAUUCAUCUUUCUUGUGGAGCUUUGACAAAAAUGAUAGCUAAUUCUUUUUGUUUAGACAACCUAUUUUGGAGCUGAUAAAGACUCUUAUGUAGAGUGGAUGUUCAAUGACUUUUUCACUGAAGAUGGAGCACUUCUGGACCUGCCCUCUGUGCUUCCUUCUGCAUAUGAAAUUGCUACAUCUCUAGUGACCCAAGCAGGUAACCUUUGGUGGCUUAAACUUAUUUCCACAAUCUUUUCUCAUAUGAACUACUGUUUUAGGGAAUUCUGGCACUUUAUUCCCCACCCCUCUUCCCUGUCUCUCCAAUUUCUCAUCUCACUCUGUGUUAUUCUUUUUUUGUGCUAGCUAAAUUGGUAAUAUUCAAACCCUUUAGAUCCCUACAGUUCACCUUUACGCUAUUCAGGGUUAAAAUAUCGGACAUGUUAGUCAAUAGUAGUGACUGAAUAGUGAUACAAGCAUUUGGUUAGUUAACUGGAGGAGAUGCUUUGUUGAUCUUGUGGAGCUGUGUUCUUUAUUUAUUGUUGUGGCUUUAUUUAGUGUGUGGAGUGCUUGUGUGUCUGUCUAUAUGUUGCACCCUGCUCUGGGAUUGAUUUUAUUUGGAGAGCUGAUUAUAAAUAACCUGAAUAAAUAGUACUGCAGUCACCCUCACAUGCUAUGAUAAGACAAGAUUGCUUGUUAAGAACAUAAGAAGAUCAGACAAAGGGCCCAUUUAGUCUACCAUUCUGUUCUCGCAACCAGAUGCCAAUGGUAAGCCCACAAAGAAUACAUGAGCGCAAUAGACCACUCUCCCCAUUUGUGAUUAUGCACAACUUGUAUUCCGAGGCAUGCUGCCUCUGGUUAUGGAGAUGGUACACAGUUGUCAUUAUUGGUAGCAAUUGAUGGCCUUGUGAUGUGCAAAUGCAGAAGCGCUUUCUCUCCCUCCCCCCUUGAAGAAAGUUAGAAAAAAUAAAACUGGUGGUAAUGGAGGAACCACCUGGGAAACCCCCAAGAGAAGAAGGCUCAGAGUCCAGGGGUUGGUGGUAGGGCAACAAUGAGUCGUCAAAUGUGGAAGACUGGGGAAAGGAGGUGUCGGAAGCUGAAGAGGUAACAUGGCUUAGUGAGCAGGGAGAGGCUGGCAGAGAGGUUCAGAAUUGGAGGCAGAAAAUGAAGCAGGGGAGAAGAGACCAAGAGGCAGAGAUGAGGCUGGCUGAUGACAGGUGUCUUCCCCUCCACCCUUGUCUCCCAGAAGCAGAAGAGGCAGAAAAAGGGUGGAGGUGAGGUUGGAGACACACAGAUGUAGUCUCUGAUUCCUGGGGGGGGGACCCUGGAGAGGAGGGGACUUCAACAGCUGUGGAGAGGCAGGGAUCUUCAAUCUCUGCAACUGCUUCAUAGGGGCAGGACAUGCCAGAGAUGUGUUGCUGUGCUCAUUAGGCCCGACACUCUUGUGCACAUCUGGUUUUGCUAAUAAAGAGUUAAAUCCAACUUGCACAAUGUGAUUUACUGAUAUUUCUCAUCUAUUUCCACUCAUCCUGUAAAUAGUUUCUGCAUGAAUAAAGCCUUUGAACUCCAUAAACUGUAAGUGAUGGUUCCAAUCUAAUUCAUCCAAGCUUCAGGGUUUGCUAACAUGGUUACAGUGGUACCUUGGUUUGCAAACUGUCUGGUUUCCAUACGUUUUGGAUUAUAAACACAUCAAACUCGGAAGUGCGUGUCCUGGUUUGCGAACUUUUUUUGGAUUAUGAACUUUUUUUUUGGAGGCCCCAUUGACAAAAGUGCGCCUUGGGUUACAACCUGUUUUGGUUUACGAACAAGCCUCCGGUAAGGAUUAUAGGUGUAAACCAACAUACCACUGUAGUCAUAUCUCGGGUUACAGAUGCUUCAGGUUGCGUUUUUUCAGGUUGCGGACCACUGAAACCUGAAAGUACUGGAACGGGUUACUUCCAGGUUUCGGCGGUCGCGCAUGCGCAGAAGCACCAAAUUGCAACCCACGCGUGCGCAGACGCACCGCUGUGGGUUGCGAAUGUGCAUCCCGCACGGAUCACGUUCCCAACCUGAGCGUCCACUGUAUUUGGAGAAGGAGGAUUAUUAUCUAAACUGCUGACAGUGUACCAAAGUAUUUGGAUACAGUUGCUACCUUUCUUUUGCAGACUGGAAGAUGUAUCCUCUGGACUCAAACAGUUUGGCAUAUUGUCCAUUCAAACAAGGUAUUACAUGAAAAAAUGGUUACAGCUAUAGGGACAAAAGUAUAUAUUUAAAUCCUUAGUAGUCCAGAAGUAGAAAGGCAUAGUGUUGCUUAACACAUUUUCUUUUUUCCUUUUCUGUUGUAAAUCCUUGAGUUUUAACUAGUUAUUUGACUCACACAAUCUGUUCAAGAAUAAAUGAUUAGGUUACUAUUCAAAUAGUUACUUUAGAUAUGCUCAGGGGCUUCAAUAUGACCUGUAGGAUUUUUAAACCCCUUUUUAGCACAGAUUGCCCUAGCCCCUACAACCUGUUUUAAAGCUGGCAGAGCUUUAGAAAAGUGUUCCUUUCUGCAUUAUAACAAAAUGUCUGUGCAAAUGUCAUUUCCAAGGCCUUUUCUUAUAUUUGCCUAUAGAUUAAAAUACAAGUCCAGAAUGCCCUUGCAUAUGGGGAGAUAGUUGCUCAGUUACUUGAAUCCUGGCAUGGAUGCUUGUUAGUAGUAGUAAUAAUAAUUAUAAUUAUAAUUAUAAUUAUUUACUAUUUAUACCCUGCCCACCUGGCUGGGUUUCCCCAGCCACUCUGGGCAGCUUCCAACAAAAUAUUAAAAAUACAAUAAAACACCAGACAUUAAAAACGUCCUUAAAAAGUGCUGCCUUCAGAUGUCUUUUAAAAGUCAGAUAGUUGUUUGUUUCCAUGACAUCUGAUGGGAGGGCGUUCCACAGGGCAGACGCCACUACCGAGAAGGCCCUCUGCCUGGUUCCCUGUAACUUCACUUCUCGCAGUGAGGGAACUGCCAGAAGGCUCUCAGAGCUGAACCUCAGUGUCUGGGCUGAACGAUGGGGGUGGAGACGCUCCUUCAGGUAUACUGAGGCCGAGGCCGUUUAGGGCUUUAAAGGUCAGCACCAACACUUUGAAUUGUGCUCGGAAACAUACUGGGCGCCAAUUUAGGUGUUUUAAUUCUGCUGUUACGUGGUUUAGGCAGCCACUCCCAGUCACCAGUCUAGCUGCCGCAUUCUGGAUUAGUUGUAGUCACCUUCAAAGGUAGCUCCACGUAGAGCGCAUUGAAGUAGUCCAGGUGGGAGUAGCUUUAGGCCACAAUCCUACACACACAUACCUGUGUGUAUGCUCAGCGGGCUGGACCUCUGGGAAGACAUUGAUCAGAGUGUGCCUACUGGUGGAUUGCUGUUUGCACUUUAUUUCCUCUGUCUUGCAGGCCAUCUUUUGGUUCUGGUUUCAGAUCCGCUGAAGUCAAUCAGGAGUGUUACCACUGACCCCCCCCCCCCCCGUUUUUUCUUCAGUGGGUACCUUGCCAAGUUAGCUCCCUACAGUGUGCCCUACAAAUCCAUAAUUUCCAAUAUAAGCCCAAUUGUCAUUCUUACAACAUUCUGUAACUUUCCCCUCUAGGAAUGGAUGUUUGCCUAUCAUGCAGGAAUCCCAUCUUUGUUCUGCUCAGCAGCUUACAAGAAUUUGGCCAAUUAGAGUUGGCUUUGGGGCUAAUUGCCUCUGCUUUUGGGUCGUUCUUGCAGCAUAUGACAUCAAACAGCGUGGAAAUUAGUCUGUGUGAAAAGGUAUGUGCCGGAUCUGCAAGGAACCUACUCUAGUGAGGUCUACUUUAGGCUUGUGCCUAAGGCCAAACUGGAUAGGACACCAUUUACUCGAUUAGCAUUUGUGUGAAUAUACGUAGCAGGUGGGGGACGGUGACAGUAGUGAGGCUUGGACUCUCUGCCCCGGCUGUAGUCUUGGAUCAAGCACCUGGCAAUAUCCUAUUUGCAUGGGAAGUAAGGUUUGCAUUUUGUGCCAGUGGCAGCCAUUAUAUAACUGUGAUCCAUAAGUGUUCCUUCCCAUGCAAAUAGCAGACAUGGGGCCUUCUAUCUGGAUCAAUACUGCAGAGGAGGCAAAAGAUGAAAAGCAGUCACCAUGGUCUUGAUCUAUAUCAAGACCCCUUCCCCUACACUUGCUAUUUACAUCAUAGAAAUGACAUUAAUGUAAUUGCUGAGUGUGUGAGUGGGGUUAUGUCUAGUUUUACUCCUCCUAGUUCCCUGCCUAUGAAGGUGUUUGCAGAGUGUGUGAGUGGAGGGCAAGAUAUUACUUAAAGCAGCUGGGUGCAGUGAUCUGACUGGGCUGCUGUCCAAUUGCACUACAGCUCUGGCUCUGCUCCUAAGAGCCAAACAGCUUUGCCAUGUUUGGAUCUUGUUUGUGAUGCUUGUAAUGUAUAUGACACAUGUUUUCAUAGCAACAAAAUCGUUCCAGUAUAUUAUUCUCUGUCCAUCAGCUGUAUGACCGGAAGACACUGGAUGAUGCCAGAACAUUCUUCUUAACACUGAUUCAAAGAUCUACUUCACUAAUUAAAAGCAUCAUUAUGGGCCUAUUGCACAAGGUGAGCAUGUAAGCAUGUAUUGUGAGGAGGAAAUGGCUUUGCAGGGCAUCCGAUUUCCUCUCCUUAGCUCUUUUGCAGUUCCCGUUCAUUUGUUGAUGCUUGUGCAGGAGAACUUUCUUGGGGGAUGGUGCCCUUUGUUUGCCAAGUGCCAUAUCUUUCCUGAUUUACAGAAAAUUUAAAUUAAGGCAGACUAUUUUUAAAAAGAGCUUACUUUAAAGUAUUUUUACUUCCAAAGGUUUUCAACAGCCACCUGAUAGACCACAACCUUGCGCUGGGUUACUGCACUUUGUUGUCCAAAGAUGAUGUAUUUAAAAAGCUCUGGGACGUCAUAAAUAACACGUCACAGAAUUACAGCAAGAUUCUGGUAAGUUGUUUAAAACAUUUUUCAUUUAGUUAUGCCUUGUUUCUGGGCUUCCCAUAAGUGUCUGGUUGGCCACUGUGAGAACAGGAUUCCUCUGGCCACUUGCAGGAGGUGGUUCUUGUGUUCUUAUGCUUCCCUCCACUUCUCCAGCACAGUUGCAAAGAUGAGAUCUGAAGAAUCUGCUUCCAUUUGUAAAUAAUGAUUUGUUUAGCCAAGAUCAUAAAUGACUGUUUAAAUCAGGGUUCCCCUGAGAAUGGAUGUAAAGAGGAAUUCUGGUUAAUUUUAAUGAACCAGCGUUCCCCAAGUUUAAACGUACUGGGCAACGUCACUUCAAAGCGAAAACAUAUGCUUCUUAUCACCACCUAGUGGUCAUGCCAUAGUUUAGUGGGCUUUGUGUGCUCUGUUGGUGACCAAAAGGCUGGCGUCAUGACACUGGAAGGAACUUACAUCUCCCCCAAUUGUUCAUUUGUUGGAAGACUUAUCUACUCUUGCAGCAUAUGAUACUGCACUACAGAUUGAUGUGAUCUGUUGCAGAGAUAUAUUUUCCCCCUUUUUUGUUUUUAUUCAUUGAUUAGAUAGUUAAGGAAAAAUAAAAACCAGUAUAAUAUGAGAAAAGUCUAAUUGAAUGAUAGCAUAAGCAAUAAGAUACAAAAGCAUGAGGAAGCUUCCUUUUAAAAAUACCUGAAGGGUUUGUGAAUGAUUGCAAGUACACUUGUGUUUUUCUUCAUUACAAUUUCUUUCCCCCACAAACAGGCAGUUGGUCUUGUUGGAGUGCAGCUAGCCGGUCACUAUGAUGAGACAAACGAGAAACAAGCAUUUGAAGAAUUAAUCACAGAUGCUGAAUGGGGUAUUCAGCUUGGUAAACUUGGUGUGAGUGCUUUUUUGCUUUUGAAUUUGGAUCAAAUGGUUUAUUUACAUUUCCUGGGAGCUGAUUCUUAAAUUGGCUAUUUGACCAGAGAAUAUUUGCACAUAUAUAUGAUGAUAAAUAUUCCUCCAAACCUUGCUGCUGCACAUUUUCUGUUGAAGCUUGGUGACUUUUUGUAAUCUGCUCAUGACGUAAAAUGAGUGACUGGACCACUUCUGCACAAACGCCAGAAACAUGUAAGAACAUUUACUUUACCCUUCAGUACACUUACUCUAGAGUUGUUUUGCUUAAGUCCUUGUGCAUGCUCCAGAGUAAAUGAGUUGCAGCAUUUGCUGCUGAUAUAAUUUUAAAUUGGGGAGAUAGGGCCUCUUAGAACGGAGCCCCCACUUCCAGGUGCCAAAUUUGGCUAAAACCCACCUGAUUACUAAGACGCCCUCUGCCUAAAGGCAUGUCCAUAACAGCAUUCCGCUCCAGACAAGGAAGCUUAGAUCAAUUCUUUGUGCCAAAAGAGAAGUGGAUGUGUGAAGCUCAAACAAGUAGUGGAGAAGGAGCUGCUCCAGAGGAAGAACUUGAGGGGAGAGAGACAUUCUGUUCUUCAUCAGGCAAUGGUGUUUCCACCACUUCCAUUUUCUUAAAUUUGGCAUUUUGUUUAUAGAUCUCUUUCCAGGAUUUAUUUAGAAUGCCCUCAGUAAGGAAGAAAGAGCUUCUAAGAACUUUGGUACAGCAUCCAAAUGUGGAUACAGAUCUCAUACUAAAAUACUGCGGGUAAGAAAGCUAAAUAUCAUUCUUGCUAUAAAAACACCAUUUUAUUCCAUAAACGUUUGUUAAAAUAAUUUAGAAAUAUCAUUUGUAAACUGCUCUGAGGUGUGUGUGUGUGUGUGUGUGUGUGUGUGUGUGUGUGUAUUUUACAAUCAAGUGGUAUAUAAAUUUUAUGAAAUAAAAUAAAUAAAAUGUCUGCCUAAUAGGCCCUCUGAACUGGGUUUUUUAAAAGAGAUGUGUUCUGUAACACAUCAUUAGCGCAAUAAUAUUUCAUGGUAGCUAAGGUUAUCAAUGGCUCCUGGCCACGGUCGAAGGCAGUCAUGCUUCUGAAUACCAAUUGCUGGAUACCACAGAAGGAGAGGGUGCUCAGGUUUUCCUUCCCACAGGCAUCUGGUUGGCCACAGUGAGAACAGGAUGCUGGACUAGAUGGACCACUGUCCUGAUCCAUCUGGGCUAUUCUUAGGCUCUUGUGCGUGUUCAUUAGUGCUGGAUUUAUAUAGGACUGUCCACACAUCCUUCCAUGUUACUACCUGCUCUGCAAAGCUUCCUCAGUGUUACUGUAUUAUUGUCAUCCAGAGGGGCCACUCUUGCACUUUAGCACAACAAAAGCAGCACAAACCCCCCCCCAUUAAAAAAAAGGAUUUGUUGUUAAAGAAAAUGACAGGAUUUCAGCAGGAAGCUACAGGUCAUGCAGUGAUAAAUGAAGCAAUAUGCCCACCCUGAAACUUUUGCAGGCGCAAAAGCUAUUGAAAACGGAACUUCAUUACUAUCAUAUCCUUUCUCUGGAAUUGCUGUACAGUCAUACUUCGGGUUAGAUGUGCUUCAGGUUGAGCGCUUUUGGGUUGCGCUUUGCAGCAACCCGGAAGUAACGGAACGCGUUACUUUCGGGUUUUGCCGCUCACGCAUACGCAGACGGUCAAAAUGACGUCAUGCGCAUGCGCGGAAUCGGCGAAUCGUGACCUGCACAGACGCGGGUUACGUUCGCUUCAGGAUGUGAACGGGGAUCCGGAUUGGAUCCCAUUUGUAUCCAGAGGUACCACUGUAAUGCUGCUUACAAAUUAGAUGUAGCCUUUUAACCAUGAGUUGUAUGAUGAUCUGAUAUCACCUGAGUUUCCCUUUCAGUUUGACUACUUCACCAGAAACAUGAUUAAAGUUAAAACAGACUAGUAAUUUUUGAAAAUGCAAAAUUUGGACUGUACCAAUUCUCCAUGAGACGCAAGUGGUGCUGUGGUCUAAACCACAGAGCCUAGGACUUAAUGAUCAGAAGGUUGGCGGUUUGAAUCCCCGCGACGGGGUGAGCUCCCAUUGCUCGGUCCCUGCUCCUGCCAACCUAGCAGUUCGAAAGCAUGUCAAAGUGCAAGUAGAUAAAUAGGUAUCGCUCCGGCGGGAAGGUAAACAGUGUUUCUGUGCACUUCUCUGGUUCACCAGAAGCGGCUUAGUCAUGCUGGCCACAUGACCCGGAAGCUGUCUGCAGACAAACGCCGGCUCCCUCGGCCAGUAAAGCAAGAUGAGCGCCGCAACCCCAGAGUCGGCUGUGCCUGGACUUAUCAGUCAGGGGUCCCUUUACCUUUACCUAAUUCUCCAUAUUAAAUACAUCUUUGAUAAAAUGAACUUUAAGGCUAGACACCAUCUUCCAGAUUGUGUGUUGACUAUUGAUUCCAUUGUUAACAUCCGGCCUCCUUUUUUGUAAUUAAGCUUAACGUCCCAGAAGUAUUUUUUUAGUCAAUGGAACAUUUAUUUGUUCUGUAUGCAUUGCACCGGAAGUUAAGAUUUAAUUUAUUAAUUUUGGAUGUGGUUAAAUUAAUUUGAUUUAUGUAAGCUGUUUGUGAUUGGCUGUUAUUUCUAACUUAAUUAUUUAUAUAAGUGAAAUUCACUUUUAAAUAAUAAAUAAAUAGAAUUGUGUAUAACUGCUCUGAUACCAAAUCAUCAUGAAUGUACAAUAGAAAAGAUGUUUGGAGAGGCCCUCAGAAAAAUAUUCCCAACUCUUACUGUAUUCAAAACAUACUCCCUGACUGAAUCAUUGGUUUUAUGAAUAAAGAUACAUAUUUUUUGUUGUUGUAUCCCUCCAGUUCCAUGUGCUUUUUUCUUUUCUUUUCAGCACUUUCCAGUUGGAUACUGAUUCAGCUUUGCAGCUUUGCAUUGAAACACACUUCCAGAAUGCUAGCAUGAGUCAUGCUGAAGGGUAUUUGGGGGAGCAUUCUGGGAAUCAGACUCUAGCAUUGGUGGUGGCCAGAGCUGCAGAAACAAUCCCUCUUCUGAAAAGCACUACUGACUUGGUUACAAGCCUCAGUGUAAUGUUGCACAAGGUAAAACUUACAGGCUAUGUUUAUUCCCCAAACCGAAAUUCCACAAUUUCUAUUCCAUUGUAUGGAAUAGGGCAGUAUUAAUUAGAAGGAUGGACUGAUUAAGCCUAACAGUUUUUUGCAAAUAAUUUUUCAUACUAAUUAGAAGGAAGAGGCCGAAACUCUGUCUAGUUUCAACCCAACCGCUUUUAAGAUGAGGCCACCCACAGACCAACCUGCUCUUAACUAGAUUAUGACAGCCCGCUAGACCCAUCUCAGGAAAGUACCUCCAGAGCAACUAACUUUUAUUUAAUACUUCAUUACAGAAGAUAGAUGCCCAACAUUACAGUCUCCAAGAGUCACAAGUUGUGCUCAAUUUGCUGUCCCUGCCACAUGUGAUCAUUGCAUGCACUUAAUAGCUGCAUGUGAAUUUGACCUUGGAAUGGUUAGUAUUUAACUUUGUUCCAUCUAAACCAGGGUGUGAAUCUGGUUAGCAAACCCUGGUUAUGAGAGAACCUGGUUAUCACUAUCCAUGGUUAAGGUCAGCAGGGGAAGGGCAAGGGGCAUUCAUGUUUGUGACAGCAGAGUCACUGAGUGGAGGGAGCAUGAGCUUUGUUUCUGUCCUCAGCAGCCUGACGUGUAUUUGUUUUUAUGAGCUUUAUCUUCUGGGAUUUAUCCAUUCCUUUUGGUAUGUUCUGUGUUUUUGUUUCCUGUUUGCUUCUAAUCCCUGGAACAGCUUGAUCCAUAUGACUAUGAAAGGAUUGAAAGUCUUCUGACAAUCACAGAAAAGGCUGGUGUGGAAGCAGCAGGCAUCUCUCUGAAUCAGGUAAGAUAAUGAACUGAGCCAAUUGACUUACGGAAUUGCAAUCUGGCUUUUAAAUGGGGGAUCUGUUUGAUGAACUAUGGAUUACUCUAACCCAGUGCUGCAUAUAUAAUCCAUUUUGAAGAGAACCUCUAGAAUCCCCUAGAAGUUUCAAGUAAUGCUUGUUACCAGAAACAAGUCGUACUGCUAGUCCAUUUGAAAAGUUUGUACUUUACAGGUAUUCUUCUUAAAUAAUUUGUUAAGUAACGACAUUAGUUCAGUCGCCCUGCCUGAAUCUUAUUCCAGAGUGUGUAUAUUUAUCUUUUAAAAGCCAGCUCUGGAAUGAGCAUUUUGUCUUUGUUCCUCUAGGCCCUGAAGCUCAUAAAACUCCUGAAAUCCUAUAAAAGAACCUCCACUCCUGGAGACCUGGAGCAUCAGUAUGCCUUUGAACAGGCUAUUCCUUUAUCACCAGCUGCUCAAACCAGGCUGCCUUUCCACUUGAUCUUCUUUAGAACAUUGCAGUGUUUCUGGAAAAUCAUUUGUAAGUUUGCAAAAAAUAACAAAACACCACUUUUUAAACCUUAAAUGAAGAGAGAUGCAUUUAAAGAAUUUUCCCUGCUUUCCUCAGCUGAAAAAAGCUCCCAGAACAGCUGGCAGCAAUCAUUGACUUAAAAGUAGCUUGCCCUCAGCCUUACAGUCUUACAAGACACAAGAGGAAAAGGGAGUAGGAAGGAAUGUGGGGCAGGGAGAAGUGAACUCUAGCACUCUGUGCAUGGAACACAAGAAGAGCCUCCCGGAUCAGGCCGCUGGUCCAACCCGUCCAACAUCCUGUUCUCACUGUGGCAAACCCACAAACCGGACCCACACACAAGAUCACUCUCCCUCCUCAGAGUUCCCAGCAACUGGUAUUCAGAAGCAUUACUGCGUCCAAGUGGGGAGGCAGAGCAUGGCCCUCCUGGCUAAUGGCCACUGAUAGCCUCAUCCAAGAUGAAUUUGUCUAGUUGUCUUUUCAAGCCCUCAUGCUGGUGGUCCUCGUUGCCUCCUGUGGGAGCAAGUUUCAUAGUUUAACUAUGCACUGCAUGGAAAAGUCCAGAAUCUUCAAACAUUCAGCUUCAUUUGAACAUUCACAAGUUCUAGUGUUAUGAGAGAGGGAGAAAAACUUUUCUUUAUCCACUUUCUCUGUUCCAUGCAUAAUUUUAUAACCUAUCAUGCUACUUCUUAUUCUCCUUUUCUGUAAAGUCCCCAGUGCUGCAACCUUUCCUUAUAGGAGAGUUGCUCCAUCCCCUUGAUAAUUGUGGUUGCAAUUUCCUGUACUUUUUCCAAUUCUACUUUUUUAAGGUGAGGCAUGCAGAACUGCACACAGUAUGUUUGCAAGUCUUCUUUCUGGCAGGAAAGCAAGCUCCCUGCAGCAGCUCAUUCUUAGGCUGAUGGUAAAUGUACAUUUGCAGGUGUGGACGAGAGGAUAUUUGAUUGACAGGAUUACUCCUCCCACUGACUCAGAUAGGCAGGGUUCUUUGAUGUGUUCUGUCUCCCCCCCCCCCAUGCUCCCCCCCCCGGGGGUACUCAGGUACACGGUACUGGCACUCUAGGGGGGUGGUUUAAAAUGUGGCACUUCUGUAACAACUUAAUGGUGAGUACCAGCACCUUUUUUUCUAGAAAAAGGCACUGCACUGGCAAGCCUAUGGGGCCCUGCGGAAAGUUCCCCCAACUCCAGCGGGUGCAGAAUGCCGCAGCGAGACUCCUUACGGGGUCCUCGCUGCGAGAUCACAUUCACCUGGUGCUAUACCAGCUGCACUGGCUCCCGGUGGAGUACAGGAUCAGGUUGAAGGUGCUGGUUUUAACCUUUAAAGCCCUAUACGGCCUAGGACCCUCGUACCUACGGGACCGCCUCUCCUGGUAUGUCCCACAGAGGAACUUACGGUCUUCAAAUAAAAACAUCUCGAAGGUCCCAGGCCACAGAGAGGUUAGGCUGGCCUCAACUAGAGCCAGGGCUUUUUCGGCUGUGGCUCCAAUCUGGUGGAACGCUCUGUCACAAGAGACUAGGGCCCUGUGGGUCUUGACAUCUUUCCGCAGGGCCUGCAAGACGGAGCUGUUCUGCCAGGCCUUUGGUCGGGGUUCAGUCUGACUCCCUCUCCCCUUUCAUAAGAACUUGCAUGAAAGUGGCCUCCCAGUUUUUCUCACAGGCCCAUAUAAGUUCAGCACAAACAGUUGGGCCUGGUGAGCAUUUAAGGUCCCAAAUCCCUAAUCUGCGGGUUGCCAUCUGACUGGAUUUUAUUCUGAUCCUGAUCUGAUUUGAGGAUGUAUUUUAAUUGACUGUCUGAUUUUAUGUUAAUGUAUUAUACAUUUGAUGUUAGCCGCUCUGAGCCUGGCUUCGGCUGGGGAGGGCAGGAUAUAAAUAAAAUUUAUUAUUAUUAUUAUUAUUAUUAUUAUUAUUAUUAUUAUUAUACUUUUUUGAAUAAUUGGCAUGGCUCUGUGGUGCUGUGCCAUAAAAAUGUUAGUGUUGAGGGGUCAUCCGUAGCUCUGCCAGUUGAUCUGGAGGCAAGAUUACUUCUCCCCCUGGUUGGGGAGACGAAACGUGUGAAAGAGCUCAGCCUGUCUGAGUCAGUGGGAAGAGGAGUCAUCCCGUCAAUUGAAUAUCCUUGAGUCUGCUUCUCAAACCUUUUCAAAAUUCAUGGUAAGAGCCAUUUUCUGUUUACUGAUAGCAUUUGGAAAAUCAUUUAUGGCUUUUCUUUUUGUAGAUCCAGAGCUCAGUGAGGAAUCAUUCCCAAAAAUUCUCUUGAUCUCCAAACUUUUGAAGGUAAUGAUGAGCAUACUUUUGAUCUUGUUUUAACUUGUGGAAUUAGCUUGUUGCAAGAUGAGAUGAACGCAACACAAACUUAGGGGGCAUCUUUCUAAAAGCAGAUUAGGUAAAUUCAUGAAAGGCAGGCAUAUCAGCAGCUUUUAAAAGUGGCUCAUAAUUGGUAAGUGGACCCUCCAUGCACAGUGGCAAUUUACCUCUAAACACCAGUUGCUGGGGCAGACUUACUCCUUCCCCACAGGAGAGAGUGGCAAGGGCAUUCAGGGAUGCCAUUCAGAUGGGGUCUAAACCAAUGGUAUCCCCAGACACUCAAGCCAGCCCCUUCAUCGGUAUGGUCUGAGUUUUAUUCCUUGGCUACAUUAGAAUAUGACCAAAUGGUGAGAGAGUGAGGUGGAAAGUAUAGAACUGACAUAUCUAGAAGAUCCUUUUUUCACAUCAUCUCCCCAAUUCAAGGUGUUUAGUAUUAGUGCACUAAGUCAUAAACCGCUUGGAAGCCAAAGCCUGCAAUUUACACUCAAUUUACUUAACACAAUUGUAAUCUUACGUGCAUGUCUGAAAAACAAACAAACAAAUAGAAAAGAAUGGAAAAAAUAGGGGGGAAACAGAAGAAAAAUGUCAAAAGGGGGCGGAAGAGCAGGAAAAAUUAUUGGCAAGCCUAUCAGCCAUUGCAUUCACCCCAGGAGAGUGUUUGAGUGUGGUCAGACAGAGAGUGGGCCGAGCGAGAGCACGGAGAGCAAUGGAGAGGUAGUUGGAGAGCACUUGCAGCUGGUCAGUGAGCAUGGAGAAGGUGGUUGGAAAGUAAGCAGAGGUUCAGUCUGAGAGCAUGGUCCCCAAACUCAAGGCAGCUUCCUCCUCAAUGGAUGGGAAACCUAAACAGCAGAGACGUGUUCCCACACUGGAAGAGAAAGUGGCUGUGCUGGACUGCUUGAGGGAUGGCAUGUCUGCCUGCAGUGUGGCAUGCAAAUAUGGCUGUAAUGAAUCCAGCAUCUGUGCCAUCAAGAUCUGAGAGAAGGAAAUGCACAGGGCUGUGGCAGCGAUGAACCAGGUGUGUGACAAGGCCUUAGUCAAGACUAGAAUGGCAUUAAGCUUGUGGUUGGAAGGUGUGAACCAGAAAUAUGUGCCUGUUGAUGGCCAAAAGCAGGGGGGGCAACUUGAAUAAAACAUUGGGGGGCCCAGGUAAGCCCCUCCCUGCAUAAUCAAUCACAAGAUGUGACACCCUUCCCAUUUGAAUGACAAUGCCUAUUAACUUUGGAGGGGGGCAGCCCCCUCAAAUAUUUUAUUGGGGGGAACUGAAGGGACUGCAGCCCCUAGGAGUUGGCUGCUAUGGCCAAAAGGCUUUUACCCUCUGCAGACUUGAAACCUUCCGCAGGAUGCACAACCAACCUGUGAAGGAAUUCAAAGGCAGCGCUUGUUGGCUUCACAGGUUUAGGAGCCAUUUCAACCUCAAAUAUGUGCACAUGACUGGGGAGGCUGUAACUGUGGACAGAGAGGCAGCAAAACUAUUCCCUUGGCAAUUAAAAGAGCUGCUUGGUUGGCAUUAACCUGUGAGAGGGUCUUCUCAGUGGUCCCCUGUUUGUGGUCUGCCCUCCCUGUUGUGUGCUCCCUUCUUUAUAACUUUUUAGAGGAAUUUUUAAAUGUUCCCAUUUACCCAGGCAUUUGAUUUCUAUUCCUAGUAAUCUUGUGAUUGUUCUUAGAUAUGUUUUAUUUUUGUUGUAUUGUUUUAAGGCUGGUGUGUUUGCCACCCUGGACUCCUUUAGGAGGAAGGGUGGGAGAGAUAAUUAUUUUUAUUAUUUGUAGCCAGCAUCUGCUUGUAAGAGUUUGGGAGGUAUCUGCAUAUUUGGAGGGGGGGCCCCAAGACUCGCAGUAGGUAGGUAGGUAGGUAGAUAAAUGGAGGAAUACCAAAACAGCCAAAGGAGGACUGGGUGUGUUCAGUAGCUGUGAAAUGCUAGCUGACAGGGGGAGGGAGAAGUAGAAAAGGGGACAGGGAGAAUGGAAUGUAGUGUUGGAAAUCUGAGCAAGGAAACCCCACACUUAAGCAUUUUGUUGCGCAUCCCACUUGUAAUACCUUUAAGUUUGUUGGAUAGAAAGAUCUCACACUGCCCUGUCAGUUUUUGUGCUCUUUUUUCAAGGUUUCACUGGAUACCCUCUACACAUCCGCAGCUAACCACCUGUUUCAAGAAAAACUGAAGCCAAAAAUGCUGGAACGGGCAAGAAGAGGAUAUUUGCUGACAUCUAACAAGGAAAUUGCCAAGACCAUGCAGACCAUUCAGUCUUACUUGUUGUCUAUAGCUAAUCCAGAAUGGGCUACAGCGCUUGCCUACAAGAUCCUGCAAGAACUUCCAGCAGGUUAGCAGGGAGUAUAGUCUUUUUAAAAGGGCAUUUUGCACAUCAGUUACAGUGGUACCUCGGGUUACAAACACUUCAGGUUACAGACUCUGCUAACCCAGAAGUAGUACCUUGGGUUAAGAACUUUGCCCCAGGAUGAGAACAGAAAUUGCACGCUGGCGGCAGCGGGAGGCCCCGUUAGCUAAAGUGGUACCUCAGGUUAAGAACGGACCUCCGGAACAAAUUAAGUUCAUAACCAGAGGUACCACUGUACUUGAAUUGAUGCCCAUAUGGAUAAAGGAAGCUGCCUUAUUGUGGACCAUAUUAGUUGUCUAGCCUAGCAUUGUCUACUCUGAUCGCAGUUCUCCAGGAUCCCAGGCAGAUAAGGCUGUUUUGCUCUGCAAGAAGAUGCUGGGGGUUGAAACUGGAACCUUCUACGUGCAAAGGAGAUGGUCUUCCUCUCAGAUAUGCCACUUCCCAAUAUGCCUUCUAGCUCUGAUUUAUUCAGAAUGUGAAAUGCACUCCGUAUUUUCUUUAAGGGAGCCUGUUGAUUAUUUAUGCACCGGCAGACGAGUGAUUCCUACACUCCCGCCUCUUCAAACCCCCACCUGUUUGCCCUUCUUAAGUGAAUAUUGUUUCCUGAAAGUUCAUGACACGCUUGCAUGGCUCCAGUCCUUGCUCUUUUUGAACUGUGGGGACUCCAUUGGUUGCUAAGGGUUGUAUCCAAUAUGUUACUUAGUGGUACACUGUUUUCUGCUGGAAAAAUGUUUUGCGCCUACUGAACUUUGUUGCACAACAGAUUCCACAAUCUGCUGUACGGUGGCACCUCGGGUUAAGAACUUAAUUCGUUCUGGAGGUUUGUUCUUAACCUGAAACUGUUCUUAACCUGAAGCACCACUUUAGCUAUUGGGGCCUCCUGCUGCUGCUGCACUGCUGGAGCAUGAUUUCUGUUCUCAUCCUGAAGCAAAGUUCUUAACCCAAGGUAAUAUUUCUGGCUUAGCGGAGUGUGUAACCUAAAGCAUGUGUAACCCGAGGUACCACUGUACAACUUUUGCAAUGGAUUCUUUGUUGCACAGCGUUAAAACUCGCUCAUCCACUUGAGCAAAAGCCUUUGCACUAUUGGACAGAGAACAGGUCUUAUACAGGAAUAUGGUGGAGCAGGCCAGGCCUCUUGUCUUGAGUGACUUCUUUAUCUCAUGGUCCCUUGUUACUUUCCACAUUCCAGAGUUAAGCUUUGUCAUUGCAACCAGACUUUUGCUGAUGAAUGCCAGCUCAAACAGUUUUGAGAUCUAAGCAGGGAGGAAGGGGAAAGUGACUGAGAGAGUGCUUUAAUGUCUUCUUUCUUUUCUUUUUUCCCUUCAGGAUCCACCAAGGCCCAGACUUUGAAAUUCUGUUGCAGUUUAGCUGAAACAUGGCUGAAGAAUACAAAUGUGACGGUAUUAACUCUUGCACCACAAGCCUGUUAUCAAUAUUUAGAGAACAAGUUUGAAUUACACACAUGUGCGUGUAUAAGUAAAAUAACAUGCCAUUUCUCAGAUUCUGCUCCACUGGUGAGACCAGGAAACAGAACCAGGGGCUGUGGCUAUGCAGAUAAGAGGAGGCUUGAUUCCAAGUGGUUGGGAUCACUGGAGACAGGGAGUGCACUUUACUUUCUCUCCCCAUUUGUUCCUAUGGUCAGAAGUCGAGUACGGUACUGGUGGGUAUUGGUGCCAUAGGGCACAAACCCUUCCCUUCAUUACUGACACUGAGUUGCCUUAUCCACGCUGGCAGGGACUUUGCAGAGAUGUACAGUCUGUCUUCCAGCAGAGUAUGCAUGUGUCUCUUCACACAAAUGCUGCCUUUCAUAAUGACAGACAGUAUGCUAGCUUUUUGGUUUGUUUGGUUGGUUUUUCCCCCCUUACAAAGCACAUAAAGCUGUGUGCUGUACAACCAUUUUUUAAGUGUUAUAAUUUAUUAAAAUCUUCAAUAAAAAUGAUAUUAAAACAAAACAUUUAGAACAUUUAGAAAGAACCCCACAGAGCAGCCCACACCCACAGAUGUGAUACAAAGGAAAAAAGUACCUGGAGGGGAAAGAGAGAUGGAGAAAGUUCCAGGAGAAGAGAAGCCAUGGGGUAUUUUGGCCCAGCUGAGGCAGUGAAGUGGGUUUGUGCCUUCUUGCCUCUGCAGCAUUCAGGGAGUUCAGGAAGAGAAGGACAUAUGUAAUAACCUGAAAUAAGCUGUCACAGUAAGAUGCAAGCUUUGCACGCAGCAGUUGAACUUACAGGUUUUACUGGCAAUCCAUUCUUAUUAGCUUAUUGUUUUCGUUUUUCCAUUUGUUUGUUGAUGCAGCCUGUUAGCUCUGCUUGUAAAUGAAAUGUUCUGUCUUCUGAUAAAGGAUGACUCUCGUGAAAAGGCCCGAGUGCAUCUGAAGAAGCUGCAGAUGCAACGCCAGAGAUCUGCUACUGAGGCUGUACUUGCAGAGCACAAGCUGCACUCUGAGAGCCAUCAGAAGCUCAUUGGAAAACCUGCAAAUCUGGUUGUUUUGCUUUAUCAGCAUAGCAGCAUAUCCGAAAGAUUUCAGAAUCCAUCUGGCAGAAAUUACCCAGGUUAGGUCACACCUCUCUUGCCUUCUGUGAGAGCCCACAUUUGCCUGGGACCCUUAUAAAAGCAGCGCUCCUGCGGACCAGACACUACUGUUCCCGCUCAGCUACCAAAAAAGGCUAGAGGCAACACAAGGAUUCUCUGUUUGCACACCUUUCUUCACAAUUAAUUGGCUUGACUAAGGUCCUUUGUCAGAAAGGUGGCCUGUUAAUAUUUUCAUUAAUAAAUAAAAUAAUAGUGUUUUGUUUGUAGCCCCCCCCCCCCGAAGCUUUUACUACUGGCCCCCUGACAAACUAGUGGUACCUGGGCAGAGCAAUGGCUUAAAAACUGUGCCUGGAAACUUGACUCUCCCCCCCCCCUUAUUAAAUUUCUAUACUGCCCUUCAUCAGAGGAUCACAGGGCAGUUUACAAUAUAAAAACACAACAAUACGUAACAGUAACAAACAAAAACAAUAACUGCCCCCACCCAGUUUAAAAGGCCAUAGACUGUUAAAUCAUCCAAAGGCCUGGGAGAAGUACUCAGCAUCUUAUCAGGCAAAGCAGCUUCCUUGAAAUAUGGCUUGCCUGCAACUGCCCAUUAUCCUCUGCGAUGCCUGUUCAUAGGAAGGUGUAAGGCACAUUCUCAUUUUAUUUAUGUUGGGCACUGGUGCAUUCUGAACAGUGUGUAUUCAAGCUGGAAUGAGGAUUUUGUCAUAAAAAUACUGUGUCUCUCUCUGUCUAGAUAUCCAUGCAAUGGCUAAAGAAAUAGCUGAAAUUAACAACUUGGAUAUGGAGAAAAUACGGAAUAUGCUAUUAGAAAAAUGGCUAUGUCCAGGUGUGCCCCCAACAGACGUAAGUGUCCCUUUGGAAAGAGGACUCGGUCAUAUUGUAUCUCCUGUAUUGGUAGCAAUCUUCUUAAAGUGCAUAGUGCACGUUCAACUACACUCAGCUUCCCCUUGUCUGUGUAUAAUGAAGACUUAAGAGGACAUGAUAACUUCCUCCCAAAUUUCCCAGCGCUUCCACUUUGUUGAUCAGUUCCUAACUCUUGGUGAGGACCAGAUAUAAGAUAGAUGACCCCCGUGUAGCUUCUACCACCUUCCUUUUCUCGAAACUAAAAGCCCCCAGAUGCUUUAGCCUUUCCUCACAGAGAAGUAUGAAUGGUGCCCAGAUCAGUGUGAAUGCCAUUUUUUACAUUUUUUCCUAGUUUUUAAUUAUCUUUUUUAAAAAAUUAAAAAAUCAGUUGAUAUGUUCACACCAACACCCUUGGAAAGGGCUCAGUCUUACAAAUUACUUGUUGUAUUACUGGACCAAUGAGGUGGAGAGAUGGGGACAAGGGGCACACACUGCAACUAGAUUCUUAGAAACUGCCUAGAUCUUAUAAAAUCAUAGAAUCUUAAAGUUGGGAGGGACCCAAAGGUCAUCUAGUCCAACCUCCUGCAGUGUAGAAAUCUUAGCUAAAGCAUCCAUGACAAAUGGACAGUAUUCCAGGUGUGGUCUCACCAAGGCAGAAUACAGUAGGACUAUUACUUCCCUUGAUCUGAACACUACACUUCUGUUGAUGCAGCCUAGAAUAGCGCUAGCUUUUCCCCCUGCUGCAUCACACUGUUGACUCAUGUUAAGCUUGUGGUCCACCCAGACCCCUAGAUCCUCUUCACAUGUACUGCUAGUAAGCCAGGUGUCCCCCAUCUUAUAUUUGUGCAUCUGGUUCUUCCUGCCAGAGUGCAGAACCUUACAUUUGUCCCUGUUGAAAUUCAUUUUGUUAGCUUGGACACAGUUCUCCAAUCUGUUAAGGUCAUUUUGAAUUCUGAUUCUGUCUUUUGCAGCAUUAGCUACCCCUCUGUUUGGUGUCAUCUACAAAUUUGAUAAGCACCCCCUCCGUUCCAUCAUCCAAGUCAUUUAUAAAGAUGUUGAACGACAAUGGGCACAGGAGUUUGUUCGUUUAAAGUUUUAUAAAUCUCCUUUUAGGAUACCUAUCCUCACAUGGCAGCUUCCAUACAGUAUUAAAAUACAGAAACCCAAAUAUUACAAAAUCCUUAAACCAUAUUUAAAACAAAAUCAGAAACCAGCACAAUAGCAUUUAAGAGCCAACCUAGCAGUUCGAAAGCACGUCAAAGUGCAAGUAGAUAAAUAGGUCCCGCUCCAGUGGGAAGGUAAACGGCGUUUCCGUGCGCUGCUGUGGUUCGCCAGAAGCGGCUUAGUCAUGCUGGCCACAUGACCCGGAAGCUGUACGCCAGCUCCCUCGGUCAAUAAAGCGAGAUGAGCGCCGCAACCCCAGAGUCAGCCACGACUGGACCUAAUGGUCAGGGGUCCCUUUACCUUUACCUUUAAGCUUUAAAAACCACAUAGUCAAUUAUAUGCAGCUGCAAGCCCUUUGAGUAAACUGCCCAGGUGUGGUCAUGAUGUCUUUGAGCUGUGGAAAAUGCAAGACAUUUGGAUUGGAAUACUCCUGAGUAACUGUACACACUUUCCAGGAUUAUUUGGAAGUUUCCUCUUUCUUUGGUGGAAAGUGCCACAGCUCAGUGGUAGAGUGUCUGCUUUGUAAGCAGAGGUUCUAGGUAGGCCUGGGAAAGACUUUAUUCUUGAAAGCCUGGCGAGCAGCAGCCAGACAGUAGACAAGACCAGGGGUCUGACUCCGGAAACAUAGAAAGUCACCUUUGAGGAUUAGGAUGUCAAGAUUUGGGAUUCUCUGUUCUUAGAUCAGUUCCAGAGUUCUGUGUUCAGGAGAGUAAUCUGCAAAUCACAACCCAGUCGUAGCCGUGCCAAUUUCUAGUUUUAACACAACACAGUCAGUUGGGGAAUAAUCUGCAUCUGCAAGUGUAAAUGUAUGUUUGGGGUGGGAUAUACUCAGCUCAAAUGCACACAGCAUUUGGAAGUUGCCAGAAAGGCAGAGCCCCAGUUAAAAUGCAGCAAAAUAUAUCACCUGCUAAGCAGGUUCUCUUCCCCACCCCCAUGGUGCAGUAAACUAUUGGGCUUUGGCCUGACCAAACCUCUCAGUCUUGUCACUGAAAACUAGUUUUCCAAAACCACCCUCUUCUACUUUCCAUUUACUUUCCCAUAUCUUUUUAAAAGGUUUUUGAAAAUAUCCAAGAUGAAGACUUUAAGAGGUAGGACUUUGUUCUGAUGCAACCCUCUGAUUGGUUGGUUGGUUGGUUGGUUGGUUCAUUCUACCUUGGGCUUCAGGCUUGGGGGAGCCCUUGGGGAAUAUAUCCUAAUGUGAGUAGGGGCUUGCCAAGGAAGUGUAACCCCCACUCACUGGACCUCUUCUUCUGUGCCCAAUCUGCACAACUUCCCAGAGGGAGUUGCUGCUAUGUCUCCCUCAUUCUUGCAUGUUGGAGGGGCCAGGUGAGCAGAUAGCAACAGCAAGGAAAUGGAUCUGCAGGACCAGGAGGCCUCAGAGGUUGGGGGUGGGCCCUCUGUAGUGCUGUGGGCUUCAGCAAGCACCCCUGGCACUGACUACAGGUUUCCUUUAAAGACUUGUUCUUCAGUAAGUUAUUGAUUUCAUCAUGUACGAUGGAAUUAAAAUGUCAGCUUUAUACACAGUGAAACAAACCACUUUAGUGCAAUCUGGAGUUCCCAUUAAUUUUUUUAUUUUUUUCCAGAGUUCUCUAUCUCUUACAGCAUGGCCCAGUGGAUAACCACUUGAGAAUCCUUUAUGAAUGUACGGUAUCCACAACUUCAGUAAGUUAUUUGUGUGUGUAUUAUAGAUGCAGUGGCUGGACAUUUUAUGCUGCACAAAUUCUCUACUUCAGAACUAAUUGAUGGGGGGGUGGCACUGGAGUCCCUAGCAAACAGCACGCAGACCUAGUGGUGGGAGGAAAAAAUCCUUAAAUAAGAGACACGGGGGAAUGAUUAAUGGACUUCAAUGUCUGUACACUAAUGCGCAAAGCAUGGGAAAUAAACAAGAUGAGCUUGAGCUCUUGGUACAGCAAACUAAAUAUGACAUAAUAGGCAUCACUGAAACCUGGUGGGAUAAGUCCCACGAUUGGAAUGUAAUAAUGGGGGGAUACAAUCUAUUUCAGAGAAACAGACCAGACAAGAAAGGAGGAGGUGUGGCGUUAUAUGUCAGGGAUGUGUAUACCUGUGAAGAGAUCCAAGAUUUAGAACCUCAAAGCCAAAGUGAGAGCAUUUGGGUCAAAAUUAAGGGAGAGAAGAAUAACAGUGACCUCACUGUGGGAGUUUACUAUAGAUCCCCAAGCCAAACGGAGGACAUAGAUGAUGCCUUCCUGGAACAGAUGGCCAAGCAUGCAAAAGGAAGGGAGAUAGUAGUAAUGGGGGACUUCAAUUACCCGGAUAUUUGUUGGAUGUCAAACUCAGCCAAGAGCAUAAGGUCAAACAGAUUCCUCACUGGCCUUGCAGACAACUUCAUUGUCCAGAAAGUGGGAGAAGCAACAAGAGGAAUAGCCAUUUUAGAUCUGGUCCUAACCAAUGUUGAUGACCUGGUUAGUGGGGUAGAAGUGGAAGGAUCAUUAGGCACGAGUGAUCAUGCUCUUCUGAAGUUUACUAUACAGCGGAAAGGAGCAGCCAAGCAUACUAGGACUCAAUUUCUUGACUUUAAGAAAGCCGACUUCAUAAAACUUAGGGAAGUGCUGGGUGAGAUCCCAUGGACAGUAAUACUAAAAGGAAAGGGAGUUCAUGAUGGCUGGGAGUUUGUUAAGAGGGAGAUACUAAAAGCACAACGUCAGGCAAUACCAAUGAGACGGAAACAUGGAAGGUGCCUAAAGAAGCCAGGGUGGCUAUCUAAAGAACUUUUAACUGAGUUAAGAUUAAAAAAGGGUGUGUACAAAAAAUGGGAAAGGGGGGAAACCACCAAAGAGGAAUUCAAACAAAUAGCCAGCACGUGUAGACACGAAGUCAGAAAAGCUAAAGCACAGAAUGAACUCAGGCUUGCUAGAGAGGUUAAAAGCAACAACAAGGCUUUUAUGGGUAUGUUCAGUAGCAAAAGGAAGAACAAAGAAACAGUGGGGUCACUCAGAGGAGAAGAUGGUGAAAUGCAAACAGGGGACACAGAAAGGGCUGAACUCCUCAAUGCCUUCUUUGCCUCAGUCUUCUCCGAUAAAGAAAACAAUGCCCAACCUGAAGAAUUUGGAGCAAAUGAUUCAGCAGAGGAAACACAGCCCAGAAUAACUAAGGAGAUAGUACAAGAAUACUUGGCUAGUUUAGAUGUAUUCAAGUCUCCAGGGCCAGAUGAACUGCAUCCAAGAGUAUUAAAAGAACUGGCAGAUGUGAUCUCAGAACCACUGGCAGUCAUCUUUGAGAAUUCCUGGAGAACAGGCGAAGUCCCAGCAGACUGGAGGAGGGCAAAUGUUGUCCCUAUUUUCAAAAAGGGGAAAGAGAGGACCCAAAUAAUUACCGCCCAGUCAGUCUGACAUCAAUACCAGGGAAGAUUCUGGAGCAGAUCAUUAAGCAAACAGUCUGUGAGCAUCUAGAAAGGAAUGCUGUGAUCACCAAUAGUCAGCAUGGAUUUCUGAAAAACAAGUCAUGUCAGACUAACCUGAUCUCGUUUUUUGACAGAAUUACAAGCCUGGUAGAUGAAGGGAACGCAGUGGAUGUAGGCUACCUUGAUUUCAGCAAGGCAUUUGACAAGGUGCCCCAUGAUAUUCUUGUAAAGAAGCUGGUAAAAUGCGGUCUUGACUAUGCUACCGCUCAGUGGAUUUGUAACUGGCUGACUGACCGAACCCAAAGGGUGCUCAUCAAUGGUUCCUCUUCAUCCUGGAGAAGAGUGACUAGUGGGGUGCCACAGGGUUCUGUCUUGGGCCCGGUCUUAUUCAACAUCUUUAUCAACGACUUGGAUGAUGGACUCAAGGGCAUCCUGAUCAAAUUUGCAGAUGACACCAAACUGGGAGGGGGGGCUAACACCCCAGAGGACAGGAUCACACUUCAAAACGACCUUGACAGAUUAAAGAACUGGGCCAAAACAAACAAGAUGAAUUUUAACAGGGAGAAAUGUAAAGUAUUGCACUUGGGCAAAAAAAUGAGAGGCACAAAUACAAGAUGGGGGACACCUGGCUUGAGAGCAGUACAUGUGAAAAGGAUCUAGGAGUCUUGGUUGACCACAAACUUGACAUGAGCCAACAGUGUGAUGCGGCAGCUAAAAAAAGCCAAUGCAAUUCUGGGCCUCAUCAAUAGGAGUAUAGCAUCUAGAUCAAGGGAAGUAAUAGUGCCACUGUAUUCUGCCCUGGUCAGACCUCACCUGGAGUACUGUGUCCAGUUCUGGGCACCACAGUUCAAGAAGGACACUGACAAACUGGAACGUGUCCAGAGGAGGGCAACCAAAAUGGUCAAAGGCCUGGAAACGAUGCCUUAUGAGGAAUGGCUAAGGAAGCUGGGCAUGUUUAGCCUGGAGAAGAGGAGGUUAAGGGGUGAUAUGAUAGCCAUGUUCAAAUAUAUAAAAGGAUGUCACAUAGAGGAGGGAGAAAGGUUGUUUUCUGCUGCUCCAGAGAAGCGGACACGGAGCAAUGGAUCCAAAGUACAAGAAAGAAGAUUCCACCUAAACAUUAGGAAGAACUUCCUGACAGUAAGAGCUGUUUGACAGUGGAAUUUGCUGCCAAAGAGUGUGGUGGAGUCUCCUUCUUUGGAGGUCUUUAAGCAGAGGCUUGACAACCAUAUGUCAGGAGUGCUCUGAUGGUGUUUCCUGCUUGGCAGGGGGUUGGACUCGAUGGCCCUUGUGGUCUCUUCCAACUCUAUGAUUCUAUGAUUCUAUGAUUCUAAGUCUGAGCUAGAAAUUGAACACAGUGGCCGGGAUCCAAAGAGCUACUGUUAAGCACAUCUAUGGCCUAAAAUAAUUCAUGACUUCCUCUCUCAGAACCUACAGAACCUACUACCCCUUGUCAUAACACUUAUCUGCUCUUGAAACCUCCUUCAAAAAAGGAUUGCCAUGCAGCAUGGCAGGCGGCUGUUUGAGAAACAGAGAAACAUAAGCCCUAAAUCCCCUUCAGUGCACGGAAUUAAAACUAUUCUUGGCCCAUAACUACUGGAUUCUAGCUUUGAAAUAUAUCUUCAGCUAGAGCAUCAGAAGAGACUGCCGGAUCAAGCCAAUGGCCCAUCAAGCCUAGCAACCUGUUCUCAAAUUGGCCAAGCAGAUUCCUGUGGGAAACCUGCAAGCAGAACCUGAACACAAGAGCACUCGCCUCCAGUAACUUGCAAAGAAAGAAUAUAGACUGCUGCCUUUUACCUGGUCAUACUCAGCUCUGACUGGCAGGAGCUUUCGGGGACUGAGCCCAGGACCUUAAGUUUACAAAGCCAAGGAUGGGGAAUCCAGCCCUUCAGCUCACAUCACCCCUGACCGUUGGCAGGGCUGACUGGGGCAAAUAGAAGUUGGAGUUCAACAGCAGCUGGAAGACCAAAUUGUUCCUAUCCUUUUACUAAGCUGUGGUCUGGUGCGAAAAACAAAUGCUGCUGGCUCCAUAACUUUGCAAAUUUAUCAAUCCCCAAGUUGUUUUGUUUCAAUUAUUUUAUUUAUUUUUGAAAAUUUUAAUGCUGUUAGCUUUGGGAGUGAACACUGAAAGUGUAUGAAAGAAAAUUUAAAACAAUUUCACAAAAUAACAUACAAGUUUAGACAUUAUUUUGAUGGUUUUAAACUAGCUGCAGCAGCAACUGAAGGCGGUAAAGUAGGUUGAAUGAAUGUAAUUUCUAAAAGCACAAUGGAGAUAAAUGGGCAUCCUUCAAAAGAUCAUUUCAGGGCCAUGGCAGAAAAGGUCCUGCAUCCUGUAGCUGGCAGCCUGGCCUCUCUAAAUCUUGGAACUUGAAGCAAGUCCUCGUCUGCUGUGUAAUUUGGGGGAGGCAUACAUGGGCAAAGGCCUCAGUUGGCACCUUGAAUUGAACUCUGAAACCAGUUGCUAGGCAAGUUGCUGGAUAGGUCAAUGCCGGUUUGGGUCUGUGAAUCAGGAGCUGGGGCUCUAGCCCACUUGGUAUCCUAAACUGUCUUCAGUGGCAUCAAUGUGGCAGUUUACUUCAACUGUAAUAUCCUCUCAUUCAGUGAGCAGGUUCUUGCAGGGCUAGUUUCAGCAAUAUUUUCACUCGGCAACUAUCCUUUGGAAGAAUGGAACUUUUUGCAAAUAGUCAGGAAUAGCAUCUCCCUCCACCCCCAGCACCAUUAUAUAAAAAAAGCCAAAUAAACCGUGGAAAAGAUUCUGUAUAGUUUAUUAAUAGUUUAGUGCUUUAAAAAUAAUAAUUCUGUAUUCUUUUCAUCCCCCUCCCUAUUUUAGCCUAUUGGAGUAAACAAGUUGACCUUUGCUCACAGAAGCCGGGCUCUCAAGUGUCUGCUCUGCCUGGCGGACCCUUGUGCUGUUGAGACCCUCUUCAAAAAACCCCUAGAGGAAGUGAGGUAAGCAGAGUCUUGUUUUCCUUCAGACAUACAAAAUGCCAACCAGUGAUGAAGUUUCAUUCAAUUUCCCCAAACACCUUGUUGGCUCCCAUCCACGGCAUGUGCAGCGCUGACAGUGCUGCCGACAUGAAAGCCUCCCCCACCCUUCCCCCAAGGAAUUCAAGGUGGAAUGUGUUGUGAGAUGGCAGGCAGAUCAAUCACCCAAGGCUGAGCAGGAAUUUAAACCAGAGCCACCACAUCACACUGGCAGAUUUAAGAAGCUAAGAUCCAGCCAGUGUAUGGAUGAAAGCCGGGUCCUGAAUUCCAUGCAACAACUCAGUGAAAUUUUAGCAUUUGAAAAAGGGCCCUGCAUGCACAGUUUUGGAUCAGGGAAGGAAAACACACCGUUCCUCAUCUAGCUCAGUUUGGCUGCACAGACUGUUUGCACACAGCUGUCUUUAUUAGAAGUUUGUAGCAUUUUGGUUUCCCUGUUGUGAACCUCUACAAUAAAUGCACAUUUCUUUUUAAUAGGAAUUUCCUGAAAUGCUUAAUUUUCCUUGCUCAGUUUGAAAUUCUGAAUAUCCCAUACACCUACUCAACGUUUCAUAGCACUCCCAAGGAAGGAAUGAUCAAAGGCUUGUGGAAGAACCAUAGCCACGAACCCAUGGUAAUAUGGCAGGGGGUUGGAGAUUGGAGGGGACAAAACACAUAUCUUUUUCCUCAUGUUGUAUCUUUUUUAAUGCACAGCGGUAUUCAGGACAUUAUCAGGUACACAGAGAAGAGUAAGAAGUGUUUAACUCCUACGUUACUGAUGAACAGCAAAAGUUUUCUCUGCUGUGGAAUGAUUCACAGUAACAUGGUGUUCAAUAAAAAAUAAAAUAAUUUACUCAUUGGUUUCAGGCAGUGAAACUUGUGGCAGAGCUUAGCUUGGAAUAUAAAGUGCACGAUCCUUUACUCUGGAAUGGUUUGCUUCAGAAGCUAAUUAGUUUCAACAAGGUAAGACUUCUUUGGAGAGGGAAAGGUCCCUCUAUGUUUUGGUGUCCUGUGAGAAAAGCUUCCUAGUGCUAGUGCAGGUGUGGGUUCUAGUUAGUUAAAUUUUACAGAUUCAGGUACAUAGCCGUGUGUCAGGACUGGUCGUUGUCCUCUUCAGAUCACCACACAAACGCUUCUUGUUCUUUUAUAAAACUUUUUAUUGUGUAUUAACAAAACAAUCUUAUAAACGGUUCUUAACUAUUAUUCCUCAGAGUCACUUAUUUCAGAUACCUUCUGAGCUCUGCUUCUCCGUGACCAGCCACCCUCAAAAUGGCGAAGGCGCCUUUCCCUUCGUUUUCCCGCUCUUUUUCCUACCCUCCUGGCUAGAGCUGGCCUGUAUCUCCCCUCCUCCCGAUCUGAGCUAGAACUGAACCCUUGCCUUCCCUGUGAACAGCCAGUCCCUCCCUGUUGUUCCUCUUGCUCCCUUCUGUUAGAUUCACUGCUCUGCUUCCCCCCUUGGGGAAUGCUUUCUCCCUCUGAGAAACUGGAAACUUCUAACUCUUCCCUGACACCGUGUUGGUCUGAUGCAGUUGAAAUAUAUAUAUAUAUAUAUAGAUAGAUAGAUAGAUAGAUAGAUAUAUAUAUAGAUAUAUAGAUAUAUAGAUAUAAAAUUGUCCAGUAGCACCUUAGAGACCAACUAAAUUUGUUCUUGGUAUAAGCUUUUGUGUGCAUGCACACAAAGUAGUAUCUGAAGUAUCUGAAGUAGUGUGCAUGCACAUGAAAGCUUAUUCCAAGAACAAACUUAGUUGGUCUCUAAGGUGCUACUGGACAAUUUUUUUAUUUUUAAUUUUUUUUAUUUUCAGAAGGGGCUGUCUUCAUCAUUUAAUUAACCAACUCAAGAUGUGGUGAUGGUCACCAAAUUGGGAUGGCUUUGCAAGAGGAUUAGACAGAUUUACAGAGGAUGAGGCUCCCAUUAGCUGCUAAUCAUAAUGGCUGUGUGCUGCCUGCAGAAUCAGCAGCUGUGUGGCUCUCAGUAACUCUUGCCAAAGCACCUGAGUUGGGAGAGGCCUGUGGCGCUUGUGUCCCACCUGUGGGCAUCCCAGCACCAUCUGGUCGGAAUUGAUGUUGAUGUUUUAUGUUAUAAGACACCUUGUAUGUAUUAGGAAAGGUGGGAUAAUUUAAAAAACAAUAAUGAUAAAAACAAAUCUAUUCACUAUUCAUCCUUUUUUUCUAUUUAGGUUAUUCUCAUUUGCCUCAUUUCAUUUCUCAUUUGGUUAUUUGUCUCAUUCUCAGACCAAUUAAUGGGGGAAGAUUGCAUUGGGGGACGUCUUGAAUUCCAUGUCAAUGUUUGUUUAUUAACUUUUGGGUUUUCAUAGACAAGCUAGAAAACUCAAAAGGUGCGUGUUAUCCUCUAUUGUCUGAUAAAGAUGGGAGAGAAUUAAACCAACGCCAUGCCCUCCAUUAAAGUUGCAUCUUAACAGUAUCCUCUUGCUGUGCUUAUACAAUCCUUGAAAAUGCCUUGUGUAUUUCAGGUUCAUUAUCUGAAGAAGGUUUUGACAGAGGUUACUGGGAUCUAUUCCUUAUGGCAGGUGCGUGAAUUCUCACUCCCUCUCAAGCUGGAAUAUUUGCCCAACUUUAAAAAGAAAUGAGUGUAGUAAUUUGUUUAUUUGCAGACAAUUUAAUAUUUAAUAUUAAAAGGUCAUUGAUGUUACCGAUUGCCUCCAAAGCCCUGAGUGCCUUUCUACCAGCUGUGGCCUGGACAGGAGGAGCCUGGCUGCCCUUAGUAAUCUAUGUACCUAGACUAUGUGUGGGGUUGCCUUUUUAAAACUCUCCAGAAAUUGCAGUUAGUCCAAAAUGCAGCUCCAAAGUUGUUCCAGUUAGGAGUUAAGAUCACAUUGCACUUAAUGGUUUACCCACUAAAAUGGCUCCAAGUUCAAUUUCAGGUUCAAUUCAAUGUCCUCAUUUUUAAGGUGUAAAAUAUUUCAUUACUGGGACUGUAGUACCUGAAGGGCCACUUUUCUCCACAUGUGUCCACCUAGACUCUUCAGACCUUCAGCAGAGGCCCUGCCUGAAUGCCCUUGCCCUCGGAGGUGCAGCAAAGAGCCCGACUUGGCAGUGGCAGCAUAACUGGGUUGCACUUUGCAGGGAGACUUACUGGGCAGUUAACUCAAAAUAAUUUGUGCACAAGGCAAAAAUACUUUAAUUUCCCCCCAAGCUUUUUAAUCCACUCUUCAUUGCUUUCCUGCAGCUUGAUGUUUAUUUUUUUAUUUCACUGACUGCAGAUGGUGUCCCCUGCCCACUGCUGCUAAUCAGGGCACAUUCAUGGCGCCCUGUGAGCCUAGUACCGCUUUGUGAGACUUGCAAAAAUGGCACUGGGCUUGCGGGGCGCAGUGAGCUGUUGUGUCCCUCUCAGCCUCCCUCCAGCUUGAGGGUGCUGAGAAGGAUGCAACAGCUUACAACGUGGCAAGACGCCGUGAUGCGCCCCUCCGCCAAACCAUGCCCAGGCCAACGGCCCCUCAGCCUCACCCACCCCAUGCGACACCGCUGAGUGGUGGCAGGUGACUCCCUACUUAAGGGGACAGAGCCGCAGUGGGUGGAGGUAACAGGAUGUCCCAGGAGGUGUGCUGUCUUCCAGGUGCAAAGAUUUACUAUGUAACAGAGGUUGCCAUGUCUUAUAAAACCCAUUGACCACAACCCCUUCCUUCUGAUUCAUGUGGGUACAAACAAUACUGACACACACAGCCUUUAAUGUAUAGAAAAGGACUCUGAGAAUCUGAGCAGGAAGUUGAAAGGUCUUGGGGCAUAGGUGGUUUUUUCAUCACUCUUUCCUGUUGAAGGUCAUGGCCCAGCAACAGAGAGGAAAACACUGGAAGUAAACCACUGGCUGCACAGUGGUUUUUGUUAGGGAAGAUUUGACUUCUUUGACUGUGGUCUCCAGUUCCUUGAGGAAGGACUUUUGGCAAGAGUUGGGUUGCACAUCACAGCAGUUGGAAAGAAUGUUUGCUAAGAGUCUCACAAAUCUGAUCAGGAGAGCGUUAACCUAUAUUCUUGACAGGAUCCACUAACCAAUAAGUAGGGCAUUCUCUCAGGCAUUUGAAGAUUUGUUUUAACUUUCCGCAGAUUCCAAACUUCAUCCUAGCUUGGCAGAAUGUCAUCCUGGCGCCAUGCCUUUCAGGUUAGUUCUGUUUCUUUGCUCUUGAAUCAUGCCACCAAAUCAUCACUCGAUGCUUUUGUGCAUUUUAGGUAGAGCAAGUAAAGUGAAGGAAAAGCCAUCAAAAUUUGGAGGGUGGAUGUGGAAUUCAGCAUCUUGGUAACCUCAGGUUUCAUUUCAACAAAAGGAUUCUAGCCUGUUUGGUAGCAAAAGAAGAGCCUUCAAAGCAUGCGCAAAAUAACGGAUGAAAUCUCAGGCACCAGAAAGUGGGUCAGUGGGAUUCCCAGCAACCAUGGGGAGGGGCUCAUAGAAACAUAGAAGUGUAGAGUUGGAAGGGGCCCCUGCAGUGCAGGAUUCGCAACUGAAGCAUCCAUAUAGAAUCAAUAGUUCAGUGCAUUUCCCCUUGACCAACAAAAGCAGAAUAUGGCUGUAGUCUUAUAUACAUUCCUAGGCAAGUCCUACUAAACUUAAGUUUUACUCCUGAAUAAACAUGCAUUGCAAAUCAUGUGCAUUGUUAACUUAUAGAGAAGUUUUUUAAAUGUACAAUUUGGAUUGGGAUGAGUGGGCAGCAGAAUAGGACAAAGUGUUUAUUCAUGCAGUGCAUAAUGAAUGUAUGGUAUUAAAAAGCCACAGGAUGUGCUCAUGGUCACUGGCUUAUAGGGGAAUCAGACAAAAUCAUGGAGGAGUGGUCUGCCCAAAGGAGAAGUGAUAGAUCCUUGUUCAAAGGCAGUAUGUCUCUGAAUUCUAAUUGCUGGGGAGCAACAAUUGGGGAGGGCUGUUGUUGGCUUUCCUGGAGGCAUCUGAUUGGCUACUGGAGGAAGGAAUAUUGGCUCUUGGUCUGACCCAGCAGAAUGUUUCUUAGUUUCUUAUAGCACAUAAUUUUUAAUUCACAUUUGCAUAUCCCCCACCCCCAAUUUAGCCUUAUUCACUUAUUUGGUCUUCUGUUCUUGCUUAAAUACUAUGUGGUAUCUGGCCAUCCUACUACAAUAGUCACACAUUACAAAGAUCACUAGUUUUCUAUACUGUGUAUAGAGAGAUUUAUUUAUUUGGAGCAUUUGUAUCUCGCUCUUCAGCCAACAAGACGACUUAUAUACCAUCAAAGCAAGAUGGUCCCUACCCACAGGCAAAGGAGCAGGAAGGGAAGAGGAAUAUCAAAUCUCAGUCACAAAUCUUUAAACAGUUGUUCCUAUAUAGACCAGCUGGCACAGUUCAGGGGCAGGAGGUGCCUGAAGGAGCUGGGCCUCCAGCAAAGCUCUCCCACUGAUGGCUGCCCCAGAUGACACUUGUGGGGAGAGGAGGCCUGAGGGAGCUGUCCUGUCACAGCAGAGCCAGUGGAGGGAGCUCUGCUUCACAGCUCUCACAGAGGUACAGUGGUACCCCGCAAGACGAACGCCUCGCAAGACGGAAAACCCGCUAGACGAAAGGGUUUUCCGUUUUGGAGGCGCUUCAUAAGCGAAUUUCCCUAUGGGCUUGCUUUGCAAGACGACAGCCCAUAGGGAAAUCUCCGGGACUGCGGGGAAGCGCAGCCGGCCUUCCCCACUGCCCUCGGACCUCCUCCUACGCGUGGGGGGGGGGCGGGCACACCUCCCCCCGCCGCCGCCGGGCUUCGGAAGGCUCCUCCGAAGCCGGGGGGGGGGGGGGAACACCUGCCGCCGCCGCCCGGCUUCGGAACGGUGCUCCGGCCGGGCGGGGGAGGGAACACCUGCCGCCGCCGCCCGGCUCGGAACGGUGCUCCGGGCCGGGCGGGGGGAGGAAGACCUCCGCCUCUGCCCGGCUUCGGAACGGUGCUCCGAGCCGGGCGGUGGGGAGGGAAGACCUCCCCGCCGCCCGGCUUCGGAACGGUGCUCCGGCCGGGCGGGGGAGGGAACACCUCCGCCGCCGCCCGGCUUCGGAACGGUGCUCCGGCCGGGCGGGGGGAGGGAAGACCUUCUGAAGGCGGGCGGGGGGCGAAAGUCUUUGCUCCCCUGCCUGCCUGUCCCGGAGGGCUUUUGAAGGCGGGGGAGCAAGACUUUCGCCCCGCCCGCCUUCAGAAGAGGUCCAGGACCUCUUCUGAAGGCUGGCGGGGGCAAAAGUCUUUGUGCCCCCUGCCUGCCUUCCCAGGGGCUUUUACAUCGCCCCGGGCCGCGGGGUAGUCCGCCGCGGUCCCGGGCGAUUUUUAAAUGCCGCCCGCCAGCCUUUUAAGUUCGCCCGGACCGCGGGGAGGGCCUCCGCUGGCCCGGGGUUUUAAAAUGCUGGGGGUGGGAAGAAAGCCCUUGCCCCCCAGCCUUCAGAAGAGGUCCGGGGACAGACUGUCCCCGGACCUGGUCUGAAGGCGGUUUCCCUAGGAACGCAUUAAUUGAUUUUCAAUGCAUUCCUAUGGGAAACCGUGCAUCGCAAGACGAAAAACUCGCAAGACGAAGAGACUUGCGGAACGAAUUAAUUUCGUCUUGCGAGGCACCACUGUAGUUUGGAUACUAUGAGCUCAUCUGCAGAGCUGAAAGCAAUUGCUCUGUAAAUCAAAAAUUCAGUGUGUAGAAAUCCUUUCACUAUGUGUCUGUUUUGUUUUUAAAGCUUCACAGCCACCGAGUGCUAAUCAGCUUGAAGCAUGCUAUGAGUCUUUCAGAACAUUAUUGAGGUAAAUAAACAUCUCAUGUGGGAGAAAGAGACACAAUGUUUCCUUAAGAAUUAAAAAUUCCAGCACUCUCCAUAUGGAGCAGAAUGAGGUGGCCAAAUGGACCAUACUACCUCAAGCUACAGGUGGGGAAUAACACUUCUCCUAUGUGUAAAAGCAAAAACCUAGCACAUCACGGAGAAAGUACUUGCCAAUUAAAAAAGCUAGCCUUUUCCCUGCUUUGCUAGCUUUAUAGUUGCAGGGAAUUUUAGUGUGUGAAAGCAAUUUUCCAUUGCUGCUCUUGCAGUUUAUUUGACAGCUUCAGAUGGCUUUGUGUGUGUACCAGGUCUGUGAUAAGCAGUGCUUUUUUCAAGGAGUCCUCAAGGGUGUUGGCACCUCUUUUGUUGUUGUUAAAAAGUGUGGCAUUUACUGUAACAACCUCAUGGUGAGAACCAGCACCUAUUUUUCUAGGGGAAAAAGCACUGGUGAUAAGAGCAUGAAAGGAACAACUAAAUCAUGAAGAAGUUGAAUGAUUAAAAUAUGGAAUUAGUGUGUACACUUAUACAUCAAGCUGUUAGGCCACUGAAGGAAGGUUAAUUUAUUAAAUAACUGUAGCUGAUUACUGUUUCCUCCACUUAAUGGCUACUUUCCAAAGGUGUCCUCUCGUGGCUGAUCUAGAUCUGACUGGGAUUGCAAAGCAGUAUGCCCAAUUAGACCUGCCAGCUUUGGCCUUGGGCUGUCUGUUGCUGAUUCCACAACCUGAGAAAAGAGCUCAGCAGAUUCAGGUGAGUGAAAACAGACACAAUCAGUUGGUGAAGCCCCCGAGUUAAAAUUCUACAGUAUCAAUCUAGACUAAAGAUGGAUUGGGGGACCUGUGGCCCUCCAUAAGUUUAGACUACAACUCCUGUCAUCCUUGGCAACUGGCCAGUCUAGCUGGGGCUGAUGGGAUCAUGCGAGUGAGAGUCCAACACAUGGAGGGCCCAGCACACGUACGCCCAGGAAUUCCUACCACAGGCCUUAUGUGUUCCACUUCAAGCGUUUAUACAAUCCUUCGUGCUUUUUUAAAAAAAUCACCAGUAGCUCUGGGUUGGGAGUAGGUCGCAUCCACCCUGAGUAGAUUUUGUAUUUACAGUGGUACCUGCGGUUGCACACAGGAUCCGUUCCGGAGCUCCAGUCGAUCCCGAGGUGUGCGUAUCCGGAGGUGCCGCUUCUGCGCGUGCACGCAGCACGGUUUAGCACUUCUGACAUGUGCGCACGGCAAAACCCGGAAAAAUACUUCCGGGUUUGCCACAUAUGUAUCCCAAAGGAUACAUAACCAGAGGUGAACCUAAGUAGAGGAGGUACCACUGUAUUUGUGUUCUGUACACAAAUGAAACACUUAUUCUUCUAUUUUCUUUGACUUUGGCCUACUUCUGUUAAAAAAAAAAGUUGCACUCCUUUCUUCCUCUAGUUUUAUUUUGUGCCUGUCAAUUUAGGAUAGCACUCUUGUGACGAAGAUGAUGUCACGAAUCGUAGAAUCUUGGAAGGGACUCCAAGGAUCAUCUAGUCCAACCCCUGCAAUGCAGGAAUCUCAGCUAAAGCAUCCCUGGCAGAUGGCUACCCAACCUCCAGGGAAGGAGAGGCCACAACCUCCUGAGGGGGAUACUGUUCCACUGUCAAAACAACUUUUUCUGUCAGAAAGUUUUUCCAAAUGUUUAGUCAGAAUCUCUUUUAAUGUAACUUGAAGCCACUGGUUCGAGUCCUGCCUCCCAAAGCUGGAGGGGGAAAAACACAUGUUCCCUCUUCCAUGUGACAGCCCUUCAGAUAUUUGAAGAUGGCUAUCAUAUCUCCUCUCAGUCUCCUCUUUUCCAGGCUAAACAUACUCAGCUCCUUCAACCGUUCCUCAUAAGGCUUGGUUCCCACACCCUUGAUCAUCUUGGUUGUCCUCUGUCCUCCUCUGUACAUGUUCCAGCUUGUCAACAUCCUACUUAAAUUGUGGUGCCCAGAAUUGGACACAGUAUUCCAGGUGUGGUCUGACAAAAGCAGAAUAUAGUGGGACUAUUACUUCCCUUGAUCUGGGCACUGUACUUCUGUUGAUGCAGCCUAUAAUGUUAGCUUUUUUCCCCUGCUGCAUCACACUGUUGACUCAUCUUAAGCUUGUGGUCCACAGACCCCUAGAUCCUCUUCACAUGUACUGCUAGUAAACCGGGUGUCUCCCAUCUUAUAUUUGUGCAUCUGUUUUUCCUGCCUAAGUCCAGAGCCUUAUAUUUGUCCCUAUUGAAUUUCAUUUUGUUAGCUUGCGCCCAGUUCUUCAAUCGGUUACGGUCAUUUUGAAUUCUGAUUCUGUCUUCUGCAGCAUUAGCUUCUCCUCCCAGUUUGGUGUCAUCUGCGAAUUUGAUGAGCAUCUUAAUUCCUUCGUCCAUAUCAUUUAUAAAGACAUUGAACAACAAUGGGCCCAGGACAGAACCCUGCAGCACCCCACUUGUAACAUUUUUCCAGGAUGACGAGGAACCAUUAAUGGGUUCUCUUUGGGUUUGGUUAGUCAUCCAGCUACGAAUCCACCUAACAGUUACCUCGUUCAACCCCCAUUUUACCAGCUUCCUCACAAGAAUAUCAUGGGGGACUUUGUCAAAAACCUUACUGAAAUUAAGGUGCACUAUGUCUACAGCAUUUCCCUGAUCCACCAAGUUUGUGAUAGCAUUUUUAAAAAAUGCCUCUUCUGCAUGAAAGCUUCUACUGCAAAGAAUGUCGACUUUAAGACCCUGCAAAACUUUUUGCUGCAAUAUUCAGUACAGCUCCUAUAUAGGAUUUCAUAGUUUGUGAAGCUAUUAUCCUUUGCAACCUCUUUGAACAAAAGUGCUGUAAGAAUCAAUAAUAUUUCUGUAAUGUUUGUUUGUUCUCAGAUGCUUUAAAAGAUUUGAUCCUGUUUUUCCCCACCAGGGCUUCCUAUCCUUAUGUCAGCUUGGGACUGUGUUACUGCAAGUAGAGGAGCACAUGAACCAGGGUAUAGUAGCUGGCUUUGCCAUACAGGUACCCCAAUUUCAGCCCUUUGGGACAAAAUAGACAAAGACACAGUUGAUUCUUUCUCGUAAGCCAUGGACCUAACCAGAAUAACUCUUCUGCUUUGCAGAUUAGAUGUCUGAUUUUAGACUACAUCAUAAAUGAGAAGUGUGAAGAGUUUCUAACCUCAGAAUACAUUCCAUUCUUGAAGUUGCAGGAGAUUCACCCUGGGAAACUUAAAAGCUUGGUAGAAAAACUUGUAGAAAAGAAUAGGUAAGUGAGUGCAGAAUUCUCAAGUUUCAUUUUUCUUUGUGCUAGGAGGGCCUAAUCCUACUCUUCUCCACAACUGUGCCAAAGGAUGUUCCCAAGCCUUUGCUUAUACAUGGAAGGGAGAGGUCUUGUUCAUGUACAGUACCAGUGAGCCAUGUGUGCAUCCAAUGUAAACAAGACACUGUAGCUCCUUUGUCGCUUCCUGGGCAAAGCAAGGGAGCAGCAGGCACACAGUGCAGGAGGAGGAAGCUGGUGGGCAGCUUGAGCACUCUUUCUCCCGAGGCAGAUGAUGGGCGUGGAGAAGGCCAGGAGCGAAAAUAAGCAUCAGGGAGCAGAGAAUGUAUGCAAUGCAGGAGGAGAGCAGGUGGAGAAGGAGCCAGCAAUAGCAGAGACAGCAGUGGGUGGAUCCACCGCCCCUCCAGAGGUCCAUAUCCGCUGCCCCGCCCCCCUGGCAUGCUAUGCUUCAUGCAGUGGUUUGCCAGGUGCGACAUAUGCAACAAAUGCUGCAUUGGAUUGUUGUCUAAAUGAAUACAUACCUCUUCCCGCACUCCCACUGCAAAAAAAACCCUACAGGUAUUGUGAUUUUAGAAAACACUUGCCUCUCUUCUCUCAGUAUGCACUUUUUCUUUUUUGCAUAGUUCAAAGAUAUUGAUUUGUUUUCUGCUAAUGACUGCGUGUACAUGUUUUAUGCAGGAUGGAUGAUGCAGCAGCCCUAAUAAAAGGGUAUCUUAAAACAUCUAGAACUCCUCUUCCAGAGGACAGGACAUCUUCAGAUGUUGUGAAGGUAAUAAAACUUUUGUUAAAAAAAAGUCAACUCACCAUUAGUUUUCCUGAAACGCUUUCUAUCUAUUGAGUUUUAAAUUUGUAUCCUGACCUUUGUUUCAAAGGAGCCAAGAGCAUCAACCAAAAUGAUUGAACAAAGUCUGAGAGCAUCUUAGCUGAAACAUGUUAGGCCAUAUUUUGUGUGCAUCUGCAGGAAACAAAACUGCCAGUCUGAAAAUUAAGAUUCAGUAACUAAUGAAUUCUCAACAUUUUUAUUAUUAUAUCUAUUUAUAGCCUGCAUUUUCUCCAGACCUGGCACAGAAGGUGGUUUACACAAAUUAAAAGAACACAGAUAAAAAUGCAAAAAGCUAAAAAUAGUUAAAAAGCAAUUAAACAAAUGUCUUUUAUAAUCUUUUAUAUGCUUUAUCUUUUUGUAUUUUAUCUGUGUUGUUUUAUGUAAGCCGCCUAACAGAUGCAAAUGUCUAAUAGACAUAGAAUAACAUACAUACUUAGUACACAUUCUGUUUCUUAUAGAAAAUUUGAGUGGCUGGUAAUUUCUUUUUCUUCCUUCAGAUGUACUUCAACGAGCUGGCAUAGAAGUCUUGUCAUUCAUAUAUAUGCAGAAAGCCGUUUAUGAGGUCUCAUUAUCCUGUAUAGCUAUGCUUUUUGUAUUUUACUUGGCACUGUAUUUAAUUUGCACCAAAAAUUCACUAAAAAUAACUGUUACAAAUCUUGUUUGAGAUUUCUCUGCUUAUGAAGAGAGAAACUUUGCCUAAAAUCAAGGCAGCGCUAAGUUUCAGGGAAUUACUGCAUCCUUGUUGCACUUUGAAAUUAUUUGCAAAUCCUAUGAUACUUUGAUAUCAAGACUGUUUUUAAACUGCUUUUAUUUCAGUGCAGAUAAAUCUGACAUUAAACCCCAGCAUGGCAACCACAGUGUUUUGUCACGAGCCUGACACAAGCUAAGGGGUAUUUCACCCACCCAAGUAAUUCCACUGUCAUUUCAAGAUGGCAACUUUCCCCCAAGCCCUACCCCCCGGCCACUGCUCAACAUACCACCAGACAUCUCUGCAGCAGCAGUUCCAAGCUUCAGGCUGUUGCUUGGUGCAGCAACAUUGCACAAGGCCUUGCGCUGGAUGGAAUUACAAUACAGACUUGUACUUUUUCAGGUUUUGUGAGGCUUCUCCCUUAGCUAUUGAAAAAAUAUAGUUGCCUCUCUUUUCUCCUGGUUUUCAAUCCAUUGGCUUAAGGAACCACUGAAAUACAGUGGUACCUCGGAUUACUUAUGCUUCAGGUUACAGACUCCGCUAACCCAGAAAUAGUACCUUGGGUUAAGAACUUUGCUUCAGGAUGAGAACAGAAAUCGUGCGGUGGCAGCACGGCAGCAGCAGGAGGCCCCAUUAGCUAAAGUGGUAUCUCAGGUUAAGAACAGUUUCAGAUUAAGAACGGACCUCCAGAACAAAUUAAGUACGUAACCAGAGGUACCACUGUACACUCAGUAGAGUUUAAUUUUCUGUCUAAUAUGUGAGACUUGGUUAUUGCUUGCACAUGAGGGUAGAUUUGCAGUGGAUUUAAGAGCACCUCCACCUUGCUUGGAAAAAGCCUUGCACUUCAAGGAUGGCAAGCAAAUGAGAUGCGCUCUCCACUGCUACAAGACACUAUGACAUAUGUGGUCAGGCCUCAGAUUUUCAGCUCUUCUAAGGCCCCCUUGCUUGGCUAGAUCAGCCUGGAAACUUUCAGGCUCAGGUGACGUUUAUCCCAAUAUUGCUUUCUACCUGUCCUGUACAUUCGUCCUCCAAUGUCAUGGUUUCUUCAACUAGGAUAGAGAGCCACAUACGUUAUUCUCAGCAAAGGAAUCCCAGCCCAAAACAGCCCCAACCUCAAGGAAGAAGACAGAAACAGAAAGCUUAAGUGUGACCAAUUCUUAUGUUCUUAUAUUGCUGGACAAUGAGCCCAUUUGGAUGGGGUGAGAGAGGUCACUUCCAACAUCUCUCUGUUCCACACUGAAUAAAUUUAUGUUGCCAUUUCUAUGCUAUUUAACAUAAUUCUUUCUCUUUUGGAGGGAGACUCAUGGCCAAGAAUAGACUCCCAAAAUGGCCACAUGGCUGAGGUUUUGCGCCCCCCCCCCCGCCUGUGUGCAAUUCAGCAUCUGGAAGAUUCGAGAAAUUCGUAACAUGACUAGCUCCCUUUCUGGUGCAUUCAUCCACUGAGUGUAAAAGAAGAGAGGAUGGAGACCUCUUUCUGUCCUGAGUCCUGCUUCUAGCAGCAAUCAGACAUGGAGCUGCAGUGACAUCAGAGGAGAAGCUGGUUCAGGGCUCAGAGCUGCUGCUGGACGUAGGGUGACCCCCCCACCUGAGCUGUUGGACAGGAGCCUCCCAGACUACCAGGGUCUAUAAGGACCAGAGCCCCUCCCGCCUCUGGCAAUGCCAGGGCUGUUUCAGAAGGGAGGCUGCAGUGUGCCUGCCUUCAGGCCACAGGUUGGCUGCCCUUCAAGGUUGAAGGCUCUCAAAGCAGGGGAGCCUGGUGCCAGAGGCAUCCAAGGUGUCUGCCGGCCUUUCUGCUCCCAGCCUUUGCUGCAGCAAGCUGCUCCCUCAGUGCUCCCCUCAGCCCAGCAACCUUUGACCAGACGUGCCUCUUUUUCUGUGGGAUCCCAGUCUCAGAUCAGAACAUGACAAAAACUGUAUUUCAGAUGUAUUUCAAGUUAGACAAUAAAACUGUAUUGAAGGGAGGGGGGUUAAACAGACAUUUGUACACUUUUGUUACAAAACUGUAGAGCUACAAUUUGUUGUAAAAUCACUUUUUGGUCGGCAAACAUUGCAAAAUCUUUGUGUGCAAUUACUGUGUAUUUACAGGCUUCCUGUUAGUGAUUUUCAAUUAU